CUCGCCGCCGCCGCCGCCGGCGCGCUCGAAUGACGUCACGCCAUGGCCGCCUUGCUCCGACGCCGCCAGUAGAGGCCCUGUCUCGCGCCCUGCCGCUUCUCGGAGCCGCUUUCCCUCCCUCCUCGUCCCCUUCCCGUCCGGUCAGGUGAGGAGAGACGGGCCCGGCUUCCAGGCCCGGAAGUGGGCGGAGGGUCGUAAGGGAGCUGGGCUGAGGCGCCCUGGAAUGGGGGCGGGGGCGCCUCCCUCACCUCCACUGCUCGCGCUCUGGGUCUUCGGAGGGCGGGGUGGUAGGCCUCUCCCCCAGCCCUGAACGGGGAUGACGUUAUUGGGGAGGGGGGGAGGCUGUGACUCCCUCCCCCCAAUAACCAGGAGGGCUAGUUCAGGGUGGCGGGGUGUCAGAGGGGUGACCUCCAGGGCAUCCCACAAGGAGGCGGGAAAAGGGGAGGUCGGCGUUGCUCUGUGGGGAUGAAGGUGGCUUCGAGCAGAGGGGAAAGAGGGACGUUCCGUGUUAACAAUUGAAGCGGUCAGAGCAUCAGGCAACCUAGCCUGGAAGCAUCUCUCUGAAGUUUGAGGCUGCUCCCAUGCUGCAUGAGGUGGUUCGUACUGCCGGUAAAAGAUGGGAUUGCUACAUCCAGAGGCCCCCCCCCCCGUGAUGUUUGGACUCCCACUCCUAUUAUCCCUGGUCACUGAUCAUGUUAGCUGGGCCUGAUGGGAGUUGAGAGCAUCAUGUUGGCUACCCUUGUGAAUGUUAAGCUUCCUUAAGAUGCGUUGGAUCAUUGACCCAGACACACUGCUGUUGUCAUCUCAACAGUUCUCCAUGUUCCCAGGUACACAGAGGCCUUUCCUAGCAGUCUUACUAGUGAUCCUUUUGAUGGAGAUGCUGGGGAUUUAACCUGUGACCUUUUGCAAGCAAAGUAGGUGAUCUGCAAUUGAGCUGUGGAUGCUUCUGAUAAACCUGUGCAACUUAGCUGCUGUCUUUUGUAACCAGAAAUGAAUUUGAGAGCUUCAGUAUGUGCUUUACCACAGAGUGAUGGUGAACAUGUAAAACAUGGGUAGCCAAUGUGGUGUCUUCCAAAUAUGUUUUGGUUCCAUUUCCUUUUAGCACCUGGCAGCAUAGCCAAAUAGCAGGGAUAAUGAGACUUGUAGUUCACCAACAUCUGGGAGGGCACCAUGUUGAUUAUCCUUGCCCUAUAAGAGUUGAGUUGGAUGACUGCUCCACCAAGCCCAGUCUCAUUCUUGUCAUUGGCAGUUUCAAGCAGAGAAAUCUCUACUUGACAUGAGAUAGUACAUUGGACCUUCUGCAUGCAAUGCACUGAGUUAUGGCCUCUGGGAUUGGUGGUGGUGGUGGUAAAUUGAGGAGGGUGAAAGGUUGAUGGCUGCUCCUGCUUUGAAGGGUGUAUUGGGACAGACUGAGUCCUCAAUGAAUGGAAAGCAAGUUGUGAUGACAAGUGCCAAUGUGGGUUCCUCAUUAGCUGGCUACAGGUUCUUUUCUGGAUGGAUUUGACAGGGGCCAAUGCUGCAGUUAGGGUAUGUCAGGCAACAGCUCAAAUGGGAAAUGACUGAGUAGGUUGACACUGAUUCUGCUGGGAGGCUUAAGAACAUGGAUUUAGUUACUGAAAAGAGAGUGGCAAAAGAGGGUGAGACGGAGGUAUUAACUUAUCUGUGGACAGCACAGAGACAAGAGGUGCUCUGAAGUUGCAAGUAGAAAUUCAAAGGGGAGGUUUAACUGAAAUGAAGAUUUGAGGUUCAUGCAAAGGAUGCCUGAUCAAGUUAAGUUUUGCAUUAAUGUAUAUGAAGUUAUCAUUGGUUUCUCAUAUAAAGGGAGUAGGUGGGAACACACAUCCCCUGACUGCAUAAUGGUAGUGGCGCCCUCCCUGUGGAACGCCCUCCCUUCAGAUGUUAAGGAGAUAAAGAACUACAUAACUUUUAGACGACAUCUGAAGGCAGCCCUGUAUCAGGAAGUUUUUAAUGUUUGAUGUUUUACUAUGUUAUAUAUAAGCUGUAAGCCACUCAGAAUGGCUGGGGAAACCUAGCCAGAUGGAUGGGGUAUAAAUAAUAAAAUUAUUAUUAUUUCAUUAAUUAAAUGAAGAAAUUGGGUGUUGCUUUGUAUGGAUGGAGAUACUGAAAGGCUUGAUGGAUUGCUUGAAGUGAGGAAAGAUAAUACAAUGGGGUCUUAAUUUAAGAUGCAAAAGCUCAAAAUGUGAUUUGUCUUAGGGAGCAGAAGGAAGUGUGAGUGCUGAAGAAGGGAUAGGGUGUAGGAAAGAUGAAAGAUCAAGACCUUUGUUAGUCCCGUCUUAGCUGGUGAAGACUCUGCAUAUAUUCCUAAAUGGCCUGGUAGCUCCUGGAUAUCUCAAAGAUAAGCUUUGUUAAUAGGGAGCUCUUUGAUACCUUGGGAAGAAUAACUAGGAUUUGUUGUUGAUACUUAGCAUUUUCAGAGUGCUUUCAGUCUUCAAAUAACCAAUCUUGUCAUCCUUAUAAGAAGUUUAGAGGGUAAAUUAGUAUUAUCAACAUACUGCUGAUAAGGAAAGAGGCUGAUGCUGAGAGAGAAUGACUUGCCUACAGCCGCCUUGCAAGUGCAUAGCAGAGGCAAAAUUCAAAACUUUACUCUCUUUCUGGGCCAUUGCAUUAUAUCACCUCCCUUGUGGUUGCCAGUGGAGGAGGAUCUUUUAAAAAAAUCUCCUGACAAGUUGUUAAGCAUUGUGGAUUAGUGAGAGCUAAGUAAAGCCAAGAUAAAUCAUGUUUAACCAUUCAUCAGCCCUCUGCAUUUUGAGGAAAUGUGUUUUCAAAAAGUAGCAUGCUCCUUCUAGGCUCUUAAUGACACUUCUCCAUCUUAGCUUCAUUUUCUCCUGGCAUUGCAUAGAUAUGUGGUAUAAGAUCCCAUUGUAUUAUGUGGAUCUAUGUAUAAGGAGCUGGUAAGUCUUAUUGUUUUCAAGCACCUAUGGCUAGAGCAACAGACUUUGUGAUAGAUGCCCAUUCGUUACCGGGCUGUUAAAAACAGUACUGCUAAAGGUGGAUUGUUGUUGGUUGUUCUUUGAAGUAUUUAUUUGCUGGUUUUAAGCUUAAAACGUCAGGAAACAGUUUAUUUUUAUUUAUGGUCAUUUUAUGUAAUCAAAUGCAGCAGUAGAAAGAAAGUCUAAGCCAGAAAUUUUUUUUAAUCAUACUAACAGCACAGUCCUCUACAGGUCUGUACAAAAGUAAGUCCCAUUGAGUUCAACAGGGUUUGCUCCUAGGUAAAUGGGAAUAUGAUUGCAACCUAAAAUACACUAAAAGCAUGGACUUUAGUUUUGCUAAACAAAUUACUUUCAAUGUAUAAGUGCCAAUUGCAUUUUGUCCCUGUAACUGGGCAGGAAUAGAGUGGGUGUGACAUUUGUCAAACAAAAUACUCUGCGAACUGCAAACCCAGUAUUAUUUCAGUCCCUGAUCACCAAAGCCCCAUCUGGCAUGAGACUAGAUGUUGCUCACCCUUCCUCUCUAAACCAUUUCAUAGUCAGUACCAUGGAUAGGUAGCAUUGGGUAGACUUCACAGUGAUCAAACUACGUUCUCAACAGUGGCCAAGUAUUUUCAUUUUUUUAUUCUACUUUUGUCCUAUCCUUUGAACCUCAAGGCAGUAUACCUAGUUCUCCCCUCCCUGUGCUAUUCUCCCCACAACCCUGUGAGGUAGGUUAAAUUGAGAUAACAUUAAUCUGAGAUAGGCUAGCCUAAGGUCUUCCAGUGAGCUUCAUGGCUGAAUGAUGAUUUAAACCUACAUCUCCAUGGCCCUAGUUAGCUACUAAUCACUACACCAUGCUUAAAUUAGAUGGAGGUUCUUCUGGAAUUCUUUGUAAAAGUAACAGAUCAUGAAUUGAUUUUCUCAGAGCGAGCUUUAGUAAUACUCAGUAUGUAAUCAAUAAUAUAAAAGAAUUUCCUUCAUUCUUGGCCAGCACUGGAUAAAAAUUCAAGGCACUAGGAAUUUGAUUCUGGCACCUGGGAAUAUGCUGAAGGCCAGUUUCUUAAAAAAAAUGAUGAUUGUUAUGGAACUAAUUGAAUGCGGCAAAUACUUAUUUUAAAUGUUUUUUGGGUCUUAUUCAUUGAUCACUUAACAUUCCGUCUAUUCCAUGUUUAACCUUUAAAAUGAGCACUUCAUGGUUAGAUUUUUCUGGGGUGAAAAGAUUUCCUUUCCCUAAAUGUUGUUCCCACAAACAGAUUAAAUUAAAUGGAAGAAAAAUGCUAUUUCAUCUGAGACCUAACUAGAGAAGCAAAUUACCAUCUUCAGGCAAAAUUCCUUUGGGGAAUGGUAACACAGAGACAAAGGCUAAAUCUUGUUCGCUGUAAAAUCCCAUGUUAUUCACAAUAGAGAGAAACAUUUCUCUUGUUAGACCUUUCAAAAUCUUUGGUUAUGAGUAUAAUAACAUAUGUUUGAAAAUACUGGUUUUUAGCUCACCCAUUUAUUUAGUUUCAUUUGGCUUCUGUGGCACAAAAUAUUCAUUCACUGUCCUCCAUUCUCCAGGCUUGGUAAUAGUUGUCUUUUAUCCUGUGUUAGUAAGGAUUGGCUGCAAUUGACAUGGUAUGGGGUUUCUUUUUAAUGGGACAGAAUUACACUUCAGAUUAAAGUUAGCCAAGCCACAUGACAAGGGAGGACACAAAUACACACACUCUCCUUGAUUGGGAGCCAUUUGACUGAGGGAGGAAUAAUGUCUUCCUAUGCUCAAAUAUGUCCAUCUGCUAAUCAAUCGGUGAAGCCCUAUAUGUAUACCAACUUAAGAUCUUCUGCCAGACUGACAUGGUUGUUCACAGCUUGCUACCCUGUUCAUUCUUGCUUCUUAUGCAAUUCCCUUUCAUCCAGUAUUCGAAAUUAGCCAGGCGCCUGGUGCAUUUUGCACCUGGCUACCAGCCACUUGUGACCAAGUGAAGAUGACUGGGCACCAGGAUGGUGCCUGCAUCUGUACCAUCUGAAGGUGCAUUCAUUAGCUAUUGACUGUUUUCACACACUAAUACCGCAUUCUGUAGAAUUCUGUCAGUUAUAUUUUAUCUGCACAAUUAGAACGAACUUCAGGAACCAAAAUGCUUUUUCUAUGCAGCCUGAGCAGGAGUGGUGAACAGUGUUAUAGUUAAUUGCUGUAGCUUGUCUUCACUUACACCACCCCACUGCCCUACUCACAGUUGUGAAGAACAUUCUUAUGUUAUGAAUGGUCCAUGUCACCAUUAAGAGAAAGAGAUAGAAAUAGGGCAAUAUAUAUAGAGAGAGAGAGACUGUCCCUGGAUCAAGUGACUUUUCUUCUUUAAGUUCUUAACCUAGCUCAAGGUUGUCAUCUGAAAUAGCCAGAUGUCACAGUCUUUAGAGCUGUCUUACCCAAAAAUGACAACUAGACCUUCUGUUUUGGUGACUGUAACCUUAGUUUAAGGAACUGUUUGGUGCUUAGCUUAUAUAUCUGAGUUUCUAACACUGCUAUCAUCAUGAAUUUAAGAGGGGUGCUGUAUAAAACAUAACUAUUGUUUGGAAGGUGAUAAUUUUUCUAGUGUUUCUGUUGCUUUGUCACAGGUGCAAGGUAUAUUCUUGGUGUCUGCACAACUUUUAUGUCACUUGAGAAGUCAUUGGGCAAUGUUGCACACAUGGAAUUCUGUGAGCUAAACAGUCAGUGAGCAAAAUACCUCCACCUCCUUUAGUCUUGCUGAUGAAAUAUAACUAGGCAUUACCUUCCAGACUUACUAAAGUACCUCUGUCACAUCCUCUCAAACUUAUUUGGUUUUUAAGCUGGCUGUUUCAGCUGGCCUUAGAAUCAGUUAUUCCAGCUCAUCUUCCUCUGACUCUCUACAUUUCUGUAAGCCUGUUAAUGUCGACCUUUAAGUUUGGGUGUUUCAGAUUGAAAACAAACUUCUGGGCCUGUCUUCAGCAGGGAAUAAUUUCUGAAGUAAUUAAACCAUUUUAAAUCAUAAUUGGAAAAUGGCCAGUACAGCAAGCUUUUGGUCAUAGAUGUUUCCGAUCUCUAGCCUUUAAGUGCUUUUGAAAUGGCGAACUUAUGGGUAGCUCUUCCAAGCUACACUUUAUUGCCCCGAGCCACAGUUUAAUAGAAGUCAAUUAGUUGCAUUCUUUAAGCUUCCUGAUAACAUUCUCUCAGUUGGAAAUUCAAAUCUGUCCCAAAAUUUGAUGUACAGGUAUUCUCAAAGUAUUAGCGUCUAGUGAAUCAAACUGUGUUAAGGGCUCCUUCAGUUAAUUUUACUUUUCUUUUAAAUAAGACCUGUUUUAUUCCCCCAUUCUAAAACAUAUAUUACAUUCUUACAGCAUUCUAAAGUUAAAGAUCUUUAAAGUUAGGAGUUUAUUACCUACCCAGACAUUCUAUGUGGUACUAAUAUCACUUUAUCUUUGACACUUUGUGUCUUAUGUCUACUUUUUUAAUAUUAGCUAUUUGUUUUUGUGCCUGUAUGAAGAAGAUUGACAUAUACAGGCCCAAAUCAAGGCUAGCUGUAGAAACUUUACACCUAGUGCGGGGAGAAACACAAGAAUACUGCGCAAUAUGGAGGAAGGUUUUUCUUCUCUAAAACAAGUGUUGGGUAUCUCUGGUCCUCCAGUUGUUCCUGGAUUGUAACUCCCAUCAUCUCUGACCCCGUCAUGCUGGCUUGGGCUGACAGGAAUACAACAACAUCUAGAGGACUGCAAAUUAAUUACCACUUCUCUAAAGAAAAUACAUAGGGUCUAAUACAGUUGUGUGGAAUGGAUUUUAAAAAAAAAAAAAUCUAAAAAUGUACUGUUCCAUAAAAUGAAUUAGAAUCAUAGAAUCAUAGAGUUGGAAGAGACCACAAGGGUCAUCGAGUCCAACCCCCUGCCAAGCAGGAAACACCAUCAGAGCACUCUGAUGGAAUUAAUUUGCUUUUUGAAUGUACUCAGCACAAGAAAAAAUGGGCUAUUUCAAAGUUGUACAUAAUAUUUUUUAAGUGAUUGUCAUUACGAAGCCUAAAUAUUACAUAUAUAUUACACAUAGUCUAUUUAUGUUUAAGGCAGAAUCUAUGCAGAGGGCUCUAAACAACCCAACAUGCAGCUAAAUCUUCCAGUCACUUUGAAAGCUCAAAGUCAACCUACCUUUCCUGAAGGCUCAGUGGUUUUGCUUGUACUCAGGAUAUCCAUGUUCACCAGUGAUGGCUAGCCUGUUGCCUUCUAGAUAUUUUGGACUUCCAAUUACCAUCAGAACCAUCCAGCUGAUGGCUGAUGGGAGUUUUAGUUCAACAUCAUCUGGAUGGCAAAAGGUUAGGUGCUCCUGCUGUUCAUGGCACACAGGUUUGGCAGUAACCAGCAUCGUUGAUUGACUGUUGGCACUUAGAUUGGAGUGUCAUUUUUCUAUCCAUUACAGCCUAGUAAGGAGGAGGGGGCAAAACUAUUGCAUUCACAUGUUUCCCCCCUUUCAUAAAGACCUGCAAAACACUCUUAGGGUGUUCCUUCCUAUUUGCCCUUUGACUUUUGAAAGACUAAUUAUGUCAGCGGAAGCAUAAGGGGAAAGGGUUAGAAGGGCAGAAAACAACUAGGUGUUCUAGAAUUUGGCAACAACCUCCAGGUUAACUACUUCUGCACAUAUGUAAAGGGGCAGUGGAUUCUAAUUAACUCCAGCUAUCUGACUGUUUGUUUGAUAACUCAUCCCAGAACUUUAAUUUCUUCCCACCCUGUGAGGUGAGAUAAGAAAAGCAAUACAAUGAGAGCUUCAGAGGGAAAGAGAGAAAAGGAUGGUGCUGUUGAAAUAGCAAUUGCAGGAAGCCUGACUGUCACUGCUUUGCCUUCAAUAUUGUUCUCUCCCUUAGCUAAUUGGUUAGCUAAUUCUCCUUUGCGGCCGAAUUGUUGGCAAUAGAUAAAUAAUGGUAGAAGUGAAAGCCAUGGCAUUAAAAUGUCAGCUUGGUCUUUCCAUUGCUUGCUGUUCUGCAUCAUGCUUCUCACUCCAGCAGGCUGUUUGGGACCUACCAGUGGCUGAUGUUGCACUCUUGCCUGCAGCCCACAUCCCAAGCCUAGGAAUACCAUCACUCAUCCAUCCCCCAAUUGUUGCUACUCUUGAUUUUUGUUAUAUGCACCGUAGAUGUACCCCUGUUCCUCCUCUCAGUGUACAACAAUGCAAACGCAAAAUGCUGGCUAAAAACUGUUAGUGAAUAUAUGAUCGGUUAUGAUGUUAUUCAAAAUACAUGAAAAAGCCACUUCAAAAUGAUGUAUAUAUCAUACAACACAUCUCACAAAAUAUGCAAGUAACUAGAAGUUGUUAUAUAUAUCAGAGUCAAACAAAGAAUCAAACAAAUCAAUGAAUAGCGAGGAACGCCAAGCCGUCUCUCAAAGGAAGACGUCUCUCCGAAGUUUCAAAAGGAGAUAUCCCGAAUAGUUCAACUGUUUCAGAAUAAAGUCUUCAUCAGCUGGAAAUGGAAUAUAAGGCUUUGCAAGCAAUGAAUGACAACAAAACUGAGCAAUCUGCAUGUAAGUUAUACAGUGGUCAACUUUAUAUGUCCUGUGCAUUUGUGUUGUAAGCAUCAGCAGCUACACUAUCCAGUGAGCACUGAUCCACUAGCAUGAUCCCAACUAGUAUGAAUAUUUCAUUGAUAAUUAUUCGGUAUGUACAUCUUUAUAUAUUUUGUUCUACUGUGUAACUUACGUGCAGGUUGCUCAGUUUUGUUGUCAUUCAUUGCUUGCAGUGCCUUAUAUUCCAUUUCCAGCUGAUGAAGACGUUACAGUGGUACCUCAGGUUACAGACGCUUCAGGUUACAGACUCCGCUAACCCAGAAAUAGUACCUCAGGUUAAGAACUUUGCUUCAGGAUCAGAACAGAAACCGCACAGUGGUGGCGCGGCAGCAGCGGGAGGCCCCAUUAGCUAAAGUGGUACCUCAGGUUAAGAACGGACCUUCAGAACAAAUUAAGUUCUUAACCCAAGGUACCACUGUAUUCCGAAACAGUUGAACUAUUCCGGAUAUACUGUCCUUUUGAAACUUUGGAAAGACGUCUUCCUUUGAGAGGAAUUCCUCGCUAUUCAUUGAUUUCUUUGAUUCUUUGACUCUGAUGCAUAUAACAACUUGUAGUUACUUAUAUAUUUUGUGAGAUGUGUUGUAUAAUAUAUACAUCAUUUUGAAGUGGCUUUUUCGUAUAUUUUGAAUGACAUCAUAACCGAUUACAGUGGUGCCCCGCAAGACGAAUGCCUCGCAAGAAUUUUUACUGUCUAGGGGUUGUAAUCUGUUCUAAGUCCUAGGGAUAAAAAUUCAAAUGAGGACUGUGUGCAUACCAUUGUGUCAUGAAUUUACAUGUCUACAUUCUGAGUAAGUUUAAGAGUUAUACAAAUCUAUUGACCUCAGAUUAAUUAACCUUGCAUGUUUUGGGCUUUCAGAAAACAUGUUUUUUUCUGCUGACUAUGUUUAGAUACAGUAGUGCUGGGGAGGAAGAAAUUAGAGGAGAAUAAAGGUAAGGUAUGGGGAAAGAGGUUAGAUUUAUUGUGCAGAGGACAUGGGAAAUAACUGGCUAUGUCCUUUUUAAGAGUUAUGUGUGCAGAACACCUGGUGCUAGGUGCCUCCCCAACCCCAGGCAAACUGCACACAUUCUCCUCCAUAAGGAUCAGAAGCUUGUACUUGGUAAAAUGCUGUGGGCCUCACCUUUCACAUACACCUGCUACGGUUCACAAGUUACUGUCUUAUAUAGUCUACUCUGUGUAACUGGGAGCAGAUAAAAUUCUGGUUUGAACACUUGCGGUCUUAAAUGGUACUGUUAGGCAAGCAGGCCCAGUCUCUCUGCUUGGAUUGUAAACUGAGGAUUCAUUUUUAAGGAGUAUCUGUAUCUGACAGCUGAGAAAUGUAGGAAUGCUUGAGGCUGAAUGUUUACACAUUAUCCCAUCCAGCUAUUUAUUUUUCUCCAUUACAGACUAGCAGGCCCUGAUGGAUGUUUCCAAAAGCCCUGAGCAAAACCCCCGCUCUCCCGACGAAAAAGAGGAGGAAGAGGACGAGGACCAGCUGCUGUCUGAUGACGAAAUCCUCAAAGAGAGCGGCUCAGAAGAGGAUGGAGAGGACGGGCAGGGCACCACUUUGGGAGAAGGCAAGGAAGAUGCUGACAGAAUAUUGAGUCAGGAGGAGGAGGAGGAGGACGAAGAAGAACAGAACCACUCAGGUGAAGAGGACUGCUUAAGUGAAACCAAGUCUCAGGACUCCGACAAUAAUGAGCAAAGCAGGGAGCUUAAGGGCUCUCUCUCUGUCAAGGAGGAUGAGGAAGAACAGGCAAAUGACUUGGGUGAUGAAGCCUCCUCAGUCACUCGGGAACUAGACGAGCAUGAACUGGACUAUGAUGAGGAGGUUCCCGAGGAGCCAAGCACCGUUGCUGCUGACGAUGAGACUGACAAGGCUGGGGGAGAGGAAGAGGAAGAGGAGGAGGAAGAGAAGGUAAAUGAACCACCUGAGGAUGAGAAAAAAUCUGGCACAAAGAGCGACGAUGAAAGAGGUGGGCAGGAGCCUGUCAAAGAGAAGAAGAAAGAGGAAGACGGAGAAAUUGAUGAUGGCGAGAUUGAUGUAAGUUCACCUCCUUCCCAGAAUUUCAGGUUUUGCCCCCAGCCAGUGUCCCUGGAAACCAGGGUGGGUUUAGACAGCACUCCGCCUCCCACUUCUGUUUCCUAGACCUCCUGCAUAUGCAAAAGGACCUCUUGUGGGCUGUUUUCAUAGGUACAUUUUCAGCUAGUGGAAUCCUAACAUGCAUCUCACAGCACUAUCAUCAUUGGAAACUUCAGAUGCCAGUCAAUCUCAUAUCAGGCCAUUCUUUCUAAGCUACCUCAUUCAGAAAAAGAAAACCUAGGAGCAAAGAGAUGGAGAAGCAACUAGACAGAGCCCAUGAUCAUCUUUUGCAGAAUCUUGGGAGGGAAUGUAGUGUUGAGUUUCUUCCCCGCAUUUUCAGUGUAUGCAGAGCUGCAGUAGCAGUAGGGGAGUUUCCCCUUUACUUUAGUUCAUUCUCCUCCUGGUUUUCGGAAAUAGUAAGGGACUGACCACCACUUUGAGUUGGAGCACAUGCUUGGUAUGUAGGAAGUGUCAAGUUUGUCCCUUGCAUAUCUCCAGUUAGAAGACAGACAGGCUAGGAAAGGCUUCCUUUUGCUUGUGGUCUUAGGGAAGAACCCUUAGCCAGAGUAUCUCCUCCUGGGCUAGAUGGACCAGUGGUGUAACUCAGAAUAAGGCAGCUUCAUGUGUUAACAGGAUACCUAGGUUUGCAUCUCCAUGUAGUCUAGUGAGGCUGUCAGCUCCAGUGAAUAUCAUUUGACAGUUUCCUAUCUGCUUAUUGGUGGCAGGAAACUUGAAUGCGGACUGUCUGAAGCAUACACAUAGCCUGUGCCUAUUCAUGUAAGCUUGGCGUUUCUGCAUUAUCAGUUUCCUUAAAACCUACCUGCUUUUGGAAAUGGAUGCCAGUCAGUCUCUUAAAAGAGAGCAUAGCAGAGGCAUUACUCAUCCUGGAAGGGUUCUUUUUAAAAUCCACUACUGAGGUUCUCUCUGAUAAAUGCAAUACAAGGCCUGCUCUUUCAUGCUAUCCAUAUGAACAUGGAAAGCUGCCAUAUACCAAGUCAGCUAUUUUGACUUUAGGCCCAGAGCCCUUUGCCAUCCCUGCUGUCUGAGAAUUUUUUAGGCUAGGGUCCCCAACAUGGUACCCUGCAGGUGUUGCAAGCAACAACUCCCAUCAGCCCAGCCAGCAUGGUGACUGGCUAAACGCUGGAAAACUUUAUAAGGGGUUACAAUAGAUUACUGGUAGCACAAAGUGUGGCUUUUAGCUUUUGUGUUAAAAUUGACACUCAAAGGAAGAGUCCUAUGUGGCAUUUCAAAGAAAAAAAACCAUUUCAGUUUGGUACCCUUUUCUUAUGUAUGUUAAUGACAAAAUCACAAUCGACAGCCUCCUUCCCAUUAUGCCAGAAUCUGGAAUGCAUGAUCUCUUUUUUAACAGUCCUCUGUCUUGGCUCGCUUUAUGUGACUGUGUAAAAUUGCCAACUAGUCUUUUCCAUCCCUCAAACCAUACGGGUAAAUGUAUUGCAAGGUAUGUGAUGACUCUGAAUGUUUAUGGCAUUUAUGUAACAUCCUCUACUUGCUUGUAGUGCAGGACCAGUUCCCUGCAUUUCAGUUCACCUACAGGUAGGUGCUUGUAUAACUGCUUCCAUUGAGAGUGGUGGGGCCAUGGAGGGUAUGUUCUCUUUCCGUCAAUUCUAAAGUGGGACAGAGUCAAAUAACAUAUUUGUUAGCAUUGUAAUAAGGAUGAUAACAAGGUGUGAUGAAUAGGGCUAGGUGAUAACUGGUUUUCAACACUGCGAUAUAUCACCAGCUAAACAUCCCGAUAUAACAAUGUGUGGAAUAAGGAUGGAAUUAUGUAGAAGUGAACAUCAGGACUGAGCGAUAACUGGCUUUAAACAUUGUGAUAUAUCACAGCUAAACAUUGCAAUAUACCAAUAUAUCACAAUGUCUGAAAUAAGGAUGGAGCUAUGUAGAGGCAUUGGCUGGCUUCACAGUUUCCCCUACAUCAUGAUUUUUGCCCAUUCCUGCUCUUGUGAUUCUCUGCCUCCUGCAGGAGGCAGGGAAGCACAAAGCUGGCAGAGUUAACAGGGACUGCAGGAAUUGAAAGAGGCAUUGGCUGGCUUCACGGUUUUUCCCAUAUUGUGAUUUUUGCAUAGUGCCACAUACACACACACCAUGAUUCGUGAUGUAUUGCCAGGUCAAAAAUAAUGAAACCAAUAUCACUAUAUGGACUUCAAACCAGUUUUGGACAAUAUAUUGAUAUAUCUAUCACCCAGCCCUAGUGGUGAAUUACUUUGUAUUUAUUAUUUAUUUAUAAAACUGAAUAAAAUGAUUAAAUAAGAAACAGAAAAGCUCAUCCAGCAUGGCCAAUGAUUGAAGCUGGCAUCUUUUGCAUGCAGAGUAUGUAGCCCACCACUGAAGUAACUUCUCCUGCCUUCCCCACCCCCACCCCCCCAAAAAAGAUACCAGGGACACAGCUUCUGGCCUUCUGCAUCUAAUGCAUAUACUGUACUGCUGAGCUCUGGCCCCUCAUUUGGUUAAAAGCAAUCUUGCUUUUACUGUCUGACUUUUCCGAGUUAUUAGUUUUGAAGACUGUCAUAAAGAGCACCCAGCUUUCUCUCUCCACAUGUUGUGCUGUGGUUUGGCUUUUCAUUUCUAUGACUAUGUAAGAGCUGUACCACAUUGUAAUUCUGCACUGUUCUUCCUGAAACGGGGAGAGUUGGAUUUUGUGGCAAUGAACAGUGAAAUGGUUUUAUUUGCUCUCUUUAAGAGCUGCUUGUAAACAGAUUGCCUUUGAACUUAAUAGGGUGGAACCUCAUCUGCAUACCUGGCAUCCUGCAGAUCUAUGAAUAGGAGAAACCCAGAAAUAAAAUAAAGCACUUUUAAUGUUCUGUGCCCAAGUGGGAGGCAGGAAGCGAGGGUGGGGAGAUAAAAAAAAAAUCUGUUCCAGGUUAAUUUAUCAUUCACCAAAGUUACCUUGUGCAAAUCAAAAAGUGUCUGUACACUUGCUUUAAAUCUUACAAGAUUUGCUUGGAGCCCAGCUCUUGAAUCUGCCAUAUUUUGGCAAUUUUGCAAUUGGAGGAAAGGGAUAGAUAGCUGAGAAGAGAUAGAGCUGUAUGUUUAAUAGUGGAAGAUAACUGGCAGGUGAGAGUACUCUGUAACACAGAGAAGCCCUACCCUUGCCAUGCUGAAAGUUUACAAAUGUUUGACUUUUCUUAAGAGCCAAGACGUAGCAGAGAAAGGAGGAAGAGAAUGACAGACUCCGUUGGACCUGUUAUGGCUGGUGGAACGUGGCUCACCGUCCACCUGUUCAGGAGCAGGGGGAUAGAAAGUGUUUGGCUUCACCUGUCUCCCAAUGUGCAACUACUUGAUUGAAGGGUAGCAAAGCAAAUACUCUAUUAUUGGCAGCAUUGCUGCUGUAGCGGCAUCUGCCUUUUACAUACCUGUCUCUUUAUGUCUUUCAGGAUGACGAUCUGGAAGAGGGAGAGGUAAAAGACCCAAAUGACAGGAAAGUGAGGCCGCGUCUCACCUGUCGAUUUUUCAUGAAAGGUAGGAGCCAUGCCCAAGUGCUCCCUCUCUCCUGGAGCUUGCAGAGGCAGCUGUCAGGACUUACUGCCUCUGCCAUCCUGCCUCCCAAGACUUGUGGCUUCUGAACAUAGUGCAUUAUCCAGGAUUAUUUCUGUAUGUUAUCGAGUCACAUCAGAUCAAACGCUCUCAAAUGUUGUCACAGCAAGCAUCACAAAAGGCCUUUGUAAGAGGGAAUCCUUUGGGAUCAGACCCUGGCAGGGCCACUUGGUAUGUUUGUAGCAGUGACCACUCAGAUAUUUGGGGUAGCCAGAAGCUGAGCACAAGGAAGGAACCCACAUCUAUGGUCUUUGGUAUUCCAAUACAUCCUGAAUUUGAAUAUGAACACUCCAUUCAGUAAUUACGACUCAGAAGCCAUUUUUUAUUACCUGGAUCUCAAGUCCCACCAUCAUGGCUAGAGUGGGUGGCAGUCAGAUUUUCCAUGGCCUUUUAAAAUAUAUGUUUAAUUGGUUGGCUUUAAUGCUGUUUGACAAUAAAAGCAAGGACAUUAAAAAUGCAUGUCAUUUCCGGUCUUAAAUAGAAACUAAAGAAAUCCUAUGUGUUUUACUUGAUUAAUUAGUUAAUUAAAUUGGAACCUGGAUAAAUAUAUUUCUGAAGUAAGAAGCAGACUUGCUUUGUUUUUAGAUGGUGGAGAGAGAUGCUUGUGUUGAGGUAGGGAUCCUUGUAAAAGAGACAUUUAUUUUACAUACAAAAGACUUUCAAGAUGGUACUUUACAUCCGUAAUUUUUAUAAGUACUUUGUGCUAAAAAAUGUUUCAUUAAAAUGUUUAGUUAAUUAAAAAUGCCUUUGCAAUUAAUCAGUGGCACAUUUUAAGUUGCUCGGAAGGUUUUUAAUUGAUUGAACAAUUCUGAGAUAACUUGUUUAAGCUAACCACCUUCCAGGUUCAGAGGUGGGAUUAGAUGGACACUUAUAUGGGAAUGGAAGGCUUCACUUGAGCUUCUCUUAGCACUUGGGUCAAGGAUACAACUCUCUCUCUGAGCUCUGCUAGGUUUUCAUAAAAGCUGUUCACCAAAGUUCUCUAAGGACCUGGGCAAUUCAUAAAGAAGCAGCAACCAAGAAAUGAAAUGUAAAGCAUCAGCAGUGCAUUUCUCCUUUGAUGAAUGCUCUGCCUUCUUUUUUCUUUUUCUUUUUCAAGUGAUUUGAACAUCUCUACAAAGAUUUAAAUAUGUUCCAGUCACUUUUGUGUGUGUGUGUGUGUGUUUUUUACUGUUCCCGUGCAUGGAGAUUUCAAACCUUCUGUGUGCUUUUCCCCCCAUAGGGCAUUGUACUUGGGGUAUGAACUGCCGGUUCAUUCAUCCUGGUGUAAAUGACAAAGGAAACUACUCUUUGAUCUCCAAGCCAGAUCCUUUCUCUCCAAAUGGUGCACCACCCAUUGGCCCUGGGCCUCACCCUCUGAUGCCAGCCAAUCCUUGGGUACGGUAAUAUUACUUUUUGAAUACAUUACUUAUUUAAUACAUAAUUUAAAAUGCCAAGAGGUUGACCAGGCUACACUGCAUUGGAAGAUAUGCAAACACUGGAGCAAGUGAGGAGUAUCAAGUUGGCAUUUCAAUGUUCUACACCUUUUCUUGUGUUUGUCUGUUGAUGCUUGCAAAAACCGUGGGUGGGUGAGAUGGGGACAGUGCUGUCCCUCUGGGUCAUGUGCAAGCUUCAGUGCCUUUUUGUUUGGCCUAUGGAUUCUUAUUUUAGAAAAUCUCAGCUCUCGUGUUCCAAAAGCAGUGGUUCACUUAGCCCUAUACUGUCAGCCCUGGUUGGAUUAGCCAAAAACCCCACACCAACCAGCCUCUGGUGGCAAGGCCUCAUUUUCAGCCCCAUUAUUUGAGAUCACUUAGUUGUGCAUGUAACAUAUUUCAGAGUGUAAUGACCUCAAAUUCUGACGCCACAUGCAUUGCCACUGAGCCACAACUUUAAAGCCACUUGCUUAUAAGCAUGGUCAUAAGGGCAUAAGAGUAGCCUGGCUGCUGGAUCAGGCCAGAGGCCCAGCUGGUCCAACAUCCUGUUUUCACAGUGGACAAGCAGAAUCUCCAAUGGGAAGCUCACAAGCAUGAUCUGAGUGUAGGAGUCCUCAGUUGUGUUACCUGGCAACUGCUGCUCAAGAAAUACACUGCCUCCAACAGUGGAGGUUGCAAAUAAAGUCAUCUCUAAGCAUGAUGAUUUAUUUCCUAAAGCUGGGCUGGCUAACCUGUGGCCCUCCAGAUGUUACUAGUCUAAAACUCCCUCCAUCCCUGCCCACUGGCUAUGCUUGCUGGGACUGAUGAGAGUCCAACAACAUCCAGAAGGCCACAGUUUCACCAUCCCUGAAAACCCAGACGGGGGGGGGGGGCUAGCUUUAUGUUUAUAGUCGAAUGUUGUUGAUGUAUCUGAUUUUGAAUGUUGGAAUAAGUAGACUGCAAGACUGCAUGGAGGUUGGGGGCUGCAGUCCUUCCUUAUAUUUUAAGAUUGUUUUCCAGAAAGAAGCUUUAUUAAAGGCCCCUUCACCUUUUCCAGAUCAUGCCUGUUUUUCCCUUGAAAACCCAAUUUCCUUCAUCAAAACUCUUCCAUGCAAACAAAUUUCAUCGUUGUUAAGAUUCUUGGAACACAACCUUCUGGCCAGAUUUUAUGGAAGAUACACAACUCUCCUUGUGUUGAGAGAGUGCAGCUGCCAUGUGAAGGAACAUUCUCUUAAUUUCGCUGAAAUCCUAAUGCAAACCAGUAUGAGUAGUCAGUAAACAUGCACAUUUGGAGCAAGAAGCUCUCCUGAGUUAUUUGUAAAGGCAUACAUUUUUCCUGUUAUUAGCUUUCUAAGAUGUUUCAUUUUCAUGUGCAAAUACUGCCAAUACUUAAAGGACUAAAGUUAAAACAAAAACCUUUUAAAGAUUUCCCCUUUCCCUUGGUGAAGGCAGAGACUUUGAGAUAAAGCAUUCUCUAAGAUAGGACAGUCCAAUUUCUUAUUAUUCUUUAAAAAUAAAUAUUUUUACGCCCUUGGGCAAAUUCAUUUAACUUCCCUGAACAGAACAGAAUCAAUGGGCCGGGAGAAAGGGAAAGCGGGCCUAAUGAAAAUGUGUGUCACCUCAUUCUGGAACCAUCCUCUUCUCUUUUCUUAAAAGGGAGCCCCUGUAGUUGAUGAAAUAUUGCCACCUCCGCCUCCAGACCCUCCAGCAGAAAGUGCUUGGGAACGGGGACUCCGCCAUGCGAAAGAGGUAAAGCAGCUGUCUGGGGACAAACAGGAAAAAUACAUAUGAAUGAAGAGCAUGAAAUAGGUUGCUGUUCACAUGUAUUCAGAAUCUCCUCCAAAUCAACACUUGGAUAAUUAGGAAUGAGUAGACAUUGGGAUUGUCUGCUCAUGCAGAAGAGGAGGAAACGGGAGGCUUCUGAUGGUGACAUUUCCCCCAUUCAGACAAAAAGGGAAACUCUGCUCUGCUCUUUCUGGCGACUAGUGACCUAAAGUGUCUCACCUCUGGAGGAAUAAAGAGAGCAUGCAAGCUCAAGGCUCUCACUUGCUUGUUCUCUUUAUGUUGGAAUUGGUGCCCUAGAGAUAGGCAAUUGAUCAGCCUUGCUAAGGAGUAUCAGCUCUUGACUUGAGUCGCUCUUCACGUUAUCCAGCAGUGAUAUAUCUACACACACACAGCUCAGCUGCUUGAGGUUCUAUGAUGGAAGAUUGCACCACUUUAAAGUUCACCCCUUUAGUGUUUGCAUCUCAUGCAAAACACGUGCUCCGCCAGUGAACAGUAUAUUGCCCUUUUUUAUAGUAAGCAAAUUGUUUCCUCUGUGACCAUGCGCUGUGCAAUCUUAUCUCUAUCUUAAAUUUUGGGCAAGUUCCCUAGGAAACCCUCUUUAAAUAUUGAGUUGACCAACAAAACUGUCUGUUUUUCUUGAAAAGGCUGAGAUUGCCACGCAGGUUACUCUUCAAAACACAAAAGCAAAAGCCACGUUCACUGUGACUUAUGCAUGACAGCACGUGAUAGGCCACCAAGAGCCCGCAUGGCUGAGUCAAGAGUUUUCCAUACCCAGUUCCAUUAUUGUACUCAGGAUAAUGAGACUUAUUUUUAUACAUAUAAAUGAAAUUGGUAAGAGUGGACUGCUACAGCCUCUUUGUUUACUCAGGCCUUUAUUUAAUGAGAGUUGUCUCCUGCAGUGGUGCUCAUCUUUUACUCAAGUAAAAAUAUUUAGUCUUUAGUAUGGCUUAAAAAAUUUCUGUUUUUAAAUUGCUUUUAUUUGUUGUACUUUACCUUGCUGUAUCACCUUGAGACUUUUUAUUUUGUAUAAAGCAACUGAUAAAUGUAAUAAAUUAUAAUAGUAAUAAUCUGAAUCUGUGGAGCCUGUUAAUAGCAGCUAGCAACACAGUGAAGAAAUAAUAAUAAUAAUAAUAAUAAUAAUGUUUGUUUGUUUGUUUUGCCCCACCCAUCUGGCUGGGUUUCCCCAUUCCAAGAUGGUGCUUUUUAAAAUCAUCAUUAUUAUCAUCAUCAUCAAACAAACAGAAGGAUACCAAGCAUUCUUGGUUUAUCAGUUCAUAUCCAAAAUGCUUCAUUUCCAUCCUUGGUGAUGUUUGUUGCAGUGAGUAGCUGUGAGAAAAGCAAGGCUAAAACAACUAAUAAGGACCAAGCACAUCUUUAAAAUCCUGUUUCAGUGGCUACUUUUACUUUGAAGAAAACCUGUCCCAAUCUGGAACGGGGUCUUGCACUUGUUUCCUUCCAAAAUAUAUUCUUUACCCUGACCCUGGCUGCUCUCUGCCUCUGAAGGUGCUAUUUGCAGUAAGCCAGUCCUUCCUGACCUGAUGCCCUCUAGAUCUUUUUCACUACAACUCCCAUGUAAUGCUGGCUGGGCUGAUGGGACUUACAGUCUCUUAAAGCAUCUGAAGGGCACCAGGGUUGGGAACGCUUCAGUAAAUAGCAAAGGGCAGUGUUCUUUAGGAAAUGAAUAGUGCUCAUUUCCAAUUGGGAGAUGGCAGCUGCUUUUAUUCCAAAAGAAUAAAAAGUGACAACUUAUCAAAACAAAAGGAAACGGCUUAAGCUUUUGAAAAAGUGUGUUUGUUUAGCUCAGCCUUAGCAUGUGGUCUGUGAUUCUGUCAUUAUGAUUCUAAAAAACAAACAAACACAGAGAAUUAAAUGUUACCUCAAAAUUGUAAUGUGGUUUAAAAUAUGAUCUGCUAUUUAAAAACAAAAAACAAAAACAAAACUAGGUUGUAGUUGAUAUUUGAAAAGAUGAGAAAUAUAUUGUUGGGAUAUUAGCACUUCUGCAGUGGGUCAUUAUGCCACAGAAUGGGAUUUAUUGCCUCUGCUCUAGGACAGCCCUUGCCACCUGGUUUUUGACAGGUGUUUGGGGGCCAACCAGUUUGGGGCCGAUACACACUGUAGUCCAAAACAUCUGGAGGGCACCAGGCUGGCAAAGGCUGUUCUGGACGGACGACUCCUUACCUCUUGCCCGCUUAGGUGUUAAAGAAGGCCACAAUGAGGAAGGAGCAGGAGCCCGACUUUGAGGAGAAACGGUUCACGGUGACCAUCGGAGAGGACGAGCGCGAGUUUGACAAAGAGAAUGAAUUUUUCCGGGACUGGAACUAUCGUAUCACUCGGGAUGUUCGGGACUCGACGUAAGACGCAAUUGUCUAAUUCUGUCUUGUGGCAGGAAUGUGGACUUGAGCAGGCUGGCUUCUGUGGAUCUGACUGCAGUCCUCCAGAGGGCAGUGUUGGCUUAUCCAGCACUCCGUUGUGUUGUUCAGUAGCAACAGACACUUGCUCUCAUCGCUUCAAGAGCCCUUCCUUGGUAUUCAAGGGGGGCUCUUCUUCUCUGUGCAACACUCUUCUCCAUAUAGAGGGGCACAAGAGAAGUGUGAUAGCUAUAUUUCUUUCCAUCAAUUGUCUUCUGUUUAUAGCCCAACAGAAAACAGUCACACAAGUCUGCCUUUUCCUGGUGCGCUAUGUUGCUAAGACAGUCAUGACCUCCUGCUCUUGCCCCAAUGCAAUUCCCAGUAUCAUCCCAGCUUCAUGCUUCUAAUACUUAAAGGUGUUUUUUUUUAAACAUUAUUGUGUUGCAAGGUGGGCCCCAUCAUUUGCAAAAAGUAGGUCAAGCAGGCUUCUCUGGCGAUCCAGCAGCCGUGAGUGGGCUGUUGUGUACGGAUCACAGUCCUGGUUGGCAUGACAGCUGAUCCCAGCCUUCAUGAGUCACCCCAAUGGAUCACUAGCUCACAAAGCUUAACCUACUUAGUACAGGCAGUGCACUGAGUAAAGGGAGCCUAGGUGGAUAGAGAGACCUUCCAUUUCUAGCAUAAUGAAUGAUGCCCUCCAGACAGGGAGAUGUCUCUUCCCUGCUUCCUCAGUUGCAUCACACACAAGUGCUAAAUUUGGUAUCAUCAAAUUUUAAAUCAAGGUUCUGGUCCAUAUGGUUGUGAAAAGAAACUCGGAAACAGUUACUGUGAAACCUUGUUGAGCAGGGCUGCAAGUGGGUCAGGUUGGCUGUUGGGGGAGCUUUGGGGUUCAGUGUAAAAUGAAUUCUACAAAGAUGCACCUUUUUCAUCUUUUGUUCAGGAUGCAGAAUUCAGCUUUCCUUUGCACGUAGUUUUUAAUAAAUAUCCCACAACACUGAAAACAGGCAGGUUUCCAUUACAGAAAAGGGUUCUGACCCUAUAUUUUUGGACUGAAAGUUUUCUUUUUCUAAAACAGCAUGGAUAUAAUACCAGUCAAACUGAGUGCUUGCUGUUAGCUCAUGUGCUCUUGAGGCAGGUAAAAUUAGGAUGUUAAUUAAUAUACUUCCCCAGGGAUGGGGAACCUUCAACCCACAGGUCUAAUUAGGCCCACCAGGCCUUCUCAUUUGGCCUUCCGGGCUGUUUUGGCCAAACCAUAUCCAUAUAUGGCAUCAGGUGAGAGGCAAGAAAAUAAGUGGCUGGGCCAAAGGGGAUUUGCAGGCACCACUAAGUAGCAUUUUUUCAGUGAAGACAAAACAGCUCGCCUGACAUCAUUGUGCUAUUGAGUGAUUGACAGGGGAUGCCCGCCCCCAGGUGUGAAGACCCACACAAAAAGAAAAAAAUAGGAAAACCUCUUCUCCCCCCCCCAUUUGAAAAAAGUGUUACAUUAGGAAGUGUUAUCUUUUGGAAUGAUGUGAUGAAUGUUUAAGAUAAAGCAUCUUUUUGCUGACCUUUGACAGCUGAGAUGUGUGUUUUCAGGGUCCACCCUAUUCCCAUUAUUAUGAUCUGUUUCAACUAUUUUAAAUUUUGAUGCUUAAAUUCUUGCAACCUUCCCUGGGACCCGCUGGUAAUAAAUUUUAUGAUGCCAGUGCUAAAACAGUUUUCAGUGCCUUUAGUUUCCCACUCAAAAUGGGGAAAAAAAAUAGGAAACUGUAUGCAAGUGAGUCAUCAUGUCUUAAAAUAUUAGCAAAUAUUCCAACACAACGAAAUUCCAAAUAAAGAUUUGAAUUUAAUCAUUGAAGCCACAUUUCAAUAUGUAUUAUUGAUCCCCUCUCUCCAAUCAGAUAGUUUACUUUUAGCUAAAGGUGGAAGAAGAACCUUUGAGAUUUAUAUAGCACAUAAAAUUAACACAAAUAUGCAUCUUUGUCUAUAGUUUUUGAUUGCUAAAUAGGUCAAAUGUACUAAAUCCAACCUCAGUUUAGAGCACUGAAAAAAUUUCCAGUUCAAAAUUUUCUAGAAGACUCGCAUCACUGCCCUUCCCCUAAGAGUUAUUUUUUUACAAAACAAUUUUAACAUGCAUUGAGAAUGGCUUGUGAUGUGUGAAGAUGGCUGAGAGCUUCAUAAAUCUCCUCUUUUUUCCCUCCUCCCCUCGGUUUCUUGAAAAACUCCAGUGAGGUGGACAUCAAAGAGAACGCUAACUAUGGGUAAGCAGUCCCUAAUCUCUGUUGUGCUUACAGCUGGUCCAUGUUGCUUUCAUUUUGAUCCCUUGCAAUUCUUUGAAAUUCUUCGGUCAAUACCAGCUGCUGCGUAAGGCUUGGCUUCCAGUUGACCAAAUCUUAACUUGGUGCAUUCAGGUGUGGAGGCUUCCAGGUGCUGGCAGUGUCUCGUGAAAGUUUAUAGUAACUGCAGCAUUCCUAAAUAAUGAAAUGCAUAUUGACAUCUGGUCAGCGGAAUGCAUUUUCUGAUGACAUCCUCAGAAGGAAGGUCAUCAAGUAAAACCACAGCCAUGGUUGUGGUGAAGUCCCCUCUAUGCCCCAAUAUCUUAAUUUACCAAACUUGCAGAGGCUUCACCUCUUCUCCCUUGACCAGAGCCCUCACAGCUUUCUGAGCUUUCCGUGGUUGAGGAGGGCCCAGCUCCAGCUGCUAUCUUACGAUCUGAUGCUAGGCAUGCACACCUGUGCUUGUUUGUGUUGGGGGUUUUUUAAAGACACUGGGUAGAUAUAAACAUGGUUGCUGUCAUGCUUAUUUAUUUAUUUAUUAGCACACUGUGUGCUAAAUGUGGCAUAGGAGUCAGUUCUUUCUUUUAAGCAGUGAUGGCUGGAUAUUGUUUUUCUGGCAACAACAAUAGUUUUGUUUCAUUUGAAUGUUUAACCUCUCUUGAUUCCUCUGCAGGCUUGACACUUAUGCGGAUCCUUAUUAUGAUUAUGAUAUAGAACGCUUCUGGCGAGGCGGGCAGUAUGAGAACUUCAGGGUACAGUACACUGACCCAGAUCCGUACCGGAACUACAGAUUGAGUAAGGUAGGUAAAUGCAUCCUCUUCUCACGAGCUGAGCUUUUAUUCUGCAGUAGGUUGAUCCAGACAGUUUAGCCCAAGUCAUUGACCCAGUUCCUGUGUUACCUGAGUGCCGUGUUCACAACUUUAGUGUGUGCAUCUCGUGUUGUUCCAGUAACAUUUAAUAAUAAUAAUAAAUUUUUAUUUGUACCCCGUCCUCCCCGGCCAGAGCCGGGCUCAGGGCUGCUAACAUCAUAAAACUAACACAGUAUACAAAGAACAUAAAAACAGGCAAUCAGUUAAUUAAAAUACAUCUUAAAAUUGGUUCAGAGCAAAUUAAAAUCUGGACAGAUGGCAGUCCAUGGGUAAAAUUGAGAGUGGUUAAUAUUCUCCAGGCCAGCUGUUACCACCAGUAACAGGACCUGUGAGCGGGCUAGGAGGCCUCUUUAAUGCUUGUUCUUAUACAGAAAGAAAAGAAUCAGACUGAACCCCGACCAAAGCCCUGGCAGAACAGCUCCGUCUUGCAGGCCCUGCGGAAAUAUGUCAAAUUCCGCAGGGCCCUGGUCUCUUGUGAGAGAGCAUUCCACCAGGCCGGGGCCACGGCCAAAGAGGCCGUGGCUCUGGUCGAGGCCAGUCUAAUCUCCCUGGGGCCUGGGAUGUUCAGGGUGUUAUUAUUUGCAGACCUUAAGGUCCUCCAUGGGGCAUGCCAGGAGAGGCGGUCCCGUAGGUAUGAGGGUCCUAGGCCGUAUUGAGAAUUGGAAUCAUCCGUCCUUGCUGCUGACAUGGGGAGCAACCAGCUCAUGGAAGCCUCUUGUGUGGUUUCUUGGUUUCAUGCUGGGAGGGAUACAACCACACUGCUCAAGUAACUCAAGAACUGGCCCUCCUUGCAGAGAGAAACCAUUGGAAUAAAGGUUAUCUCAAGGAUUCCAUCACGGCAUGUGUGGCUAGUUGGGGGUGGGGGGAAUUAAAUGCCAUGUUAGAUUCUUGAAGGAACAGCAUAUGAACAUGUGGGUCAAAACUCCUAACGCAACUUAAUCAUUAUUUUACAAGGAAAGGGAAAGAGAGAGGGAGAGGGAGAACAGGCAGCGCGAGCGAGAACGCGAGAGGGAGAGAGAGCGUGAACGGGAGCGGCGGCAGAGGGAACGGGAGCGCGAGAGAGAACGGGAGCGUGACAAGGAGCGCCAGAAAAGAAAAGAGGAAUGGGAAAGAGAGAGGGAGCGCAUCAAAAGAGACGAGAAGGACCGGCAGCACCGGGACCGAGAGCGGGAGAAGGAGAAGGAGAAGCCAAAACCACGAUCGCCACAGCCACCAAGGUACAGGCUAUACUUUUUUCAUGCUGUUGAUGAUGUGGCAGGGAAGGGUGUGAGGAGGUUUAGUCCCUGCUGGCUGGCUGGCAACUCCGAGAAGCUGAUAUUUUACAACGGCAUGAGACAGCAUGUCGAGGGAAACUGUUUCUCAUGUUGGUUUCGUUGGCUCUUUAUAUGGGAGAGCAAAGGAAAUUGGGUGGCAAAUGUAUUCGCUCACAUCAAACAGAAGCAAAAAGUGUUGUGUGUGUGAUUCAGACAUGUUCUUUGAAGAUUUUGCACUGUAGAAAGUCCGGAAUCUAUGUAAGCAACGUGUUUUAUGAUGUGAAAUCUGUCAGAAUGGAGCCUCAUGAGAGACUCCCUGCUCCAUUUAUUAUUAUUUUUAAAGUGAGCAGGUAGCCGUCUUGGCUUCUGCUUUCUUUCUCAGUAGCUUUGGUUUGGGUUCACAAGCAGCAUCUGGUUUCUUACUGUCUAUGUUUAAGCCUCUUUUUUUGCUCUUGGACUCCAUGCAUGAACUGGCACUUCUGUUUCUUUUAUACGUUGAUUGUUAAUCACCUUAAACUACUAGAGAGGUAGUUUGGUGCUAACUGAGCUUCUCCCAUCUGCUCUCCCAUGUCUCCAUUCCAAGGCUACUGGUCCUUUUUUCCAAGCUCUUAAUAACCACUUAGCCCCAUUAGUGAUGUUAAAUUCUCGAGAAUAAUCUUUUGGAGAAUUAAUGAGAAUAUUAGAGAGUUUUCAUUUAAAACAGGAGAAUAUUCAUUUUAAUGCAUUGAAAAUGAUAUAAUUUUAAUGCAUUGAAAAUGAUAUAAUUAGUUAAUAUACAUGUUUAUUCAUGGGUAAACUUGUUCAGAUGGCAACCAAAAACUGUACAGAUACUUUUAUUCAGUGGGGCAAUGCAGUGAAUUCAUGUUCUUUGAUUUAGUAAAGGAACCACAGUGAAAAUAUAUAAGUACAAGCCCACUUGUCACUUGCAAGUGUCAAAUUAAAAAGUAAAACAUAUUUUAUAGUUAAAGUUAAACCAUUCUAAGGUGAUGGCAACAGUAAUUGUCAUGUUAAGGUUUGGUAUAAGGAAACUCAGUAGUUAAUUCAUAUAUUAUUCUUCCAUUAGAAUAUGUACAUGUUAUAGGACAAGUCAAAAAAUACAAUUGGCAUGUUAAGGUUUGAUACAAGUAAAUUCAGUAAUAGGCUAUCUUGUGCUUCCAAUAGCUCUAACAAUAACUGUUUUGGUGACUCAAAACACAGCUUGAUAAACAAAACUACAUAUAUGCAAACAUAUAAAAAAGAAGCCCUUAACAUUAAAUAUAUUAUCAUUAUAUGAUAAUAUAUUUCAGUAUGUCAGUCUCUGGUAAAUGGCACCUUGUACCAUUGAAUGGCACUGCAAAAACCAGUUACUGACACUAAAUAAAAAUAUAGAAAUGUCAGCUGUUUAAAUCAAGGCCACCUCACAUGCUGUUACACAUAAUUGUAUAGGCCUAGGUACUUUAAGUGUAUAAAGCAUUAAAGCUACUUUCUGUUUAAAAAAAAAAAAUCACACGGUAUGGCAAGGGUAUAGAAUUGCUAAGAAUAAGGUCACACCAAAAUAGAAAAAAGGCUGUUAUAUAUAGUUGAAAUACAUAUGAAUUCAAAUGUUCAUCAAAUUAAAUGAAUAGCGUUUUUAAAACUAAAAAAAAUGUUUUCUGUAGCUCACAUUUCAGAACUGCCAGUGGUGAAUGACACAAUGCCCAGUAAUGUAACUGGAUAAAAAAAAUCAGUAUUCAUUACUUACACUGGCAAUAUCACAGCUUGACUUAUUUACUAGAUUUUUUAAAUGUGGGUUGUAAAACUGGUUCUUACAUUAGAAUUUACAGUUUGUGGAGAAUAUUCUCUGGAGAAUUUUCUAGCAGAGAAUAUUCUCAAGAAUAUUCUCAUUCUCCGGAGAAUAUUCUCAUCUCACAUCAGUAAGCCUCAUUCUCCUUGCCUGUUCUACCCCCACUUCUUCCUCUUUCCACUCCAGUUCUUGGCAAUAAACUACUACUACUACUACUACUACUACUAAUAAUAAUAAUAAUAAUUUAUUAUUUAUACCCCGCCCAUCUGGCUGGGCUUCCCAAGCCACAUAGACCAGAUUAUGCAAAGUUAGUAACUUGCAUAAUUCUGUGUACAGAAUUUGGGUUCCUUUUGGCACUGAGUUCAGUUAGGGGUUCAUUUGGUGUGUAUGCAGCCCUCAGCAGAAUAAGGGGUGAUGGGAGAUAAGGCAAAGGGAAGUGCCUGCUCAUCCAAAAGAAGGCACUCCUUGUAUAGUGGCCUCUGGCUGAAGACCCAGUUUGGGGAACUUGUAACCCUCCAGAUGUUAUUGGACUCCCAUCAGCACGACUCAGCAUAGCAAAUGAUGGUCAGAGAUUGGGGAGGGGGUCAAAUCCAACAACAUCGACAGAUCCACAUGUUUCUCACCCCUGCUGAAGAUUUUAUUUCUUAAACUUAGCCAGCGAGUAUUUUUUUAGGAGUUCCCUCCCCCUUUCUGCAGUUCAUUUACCUAACUUACAGUUGUUGGUUUUUUCCACGCUGGGCAUGAGAAUGGGGCCCAGGUCACAAAGCCUGCCUCCAACAUAUAACCUUUGUUCCCUAGAAUUCUCAGCCUUGAGUCUACAUGCCAGCUUCAGCUUGCCUUUCCUUGAGUCUUUAGUUAAUAUAGAUAGCAAAAUGCAGCCUUCCCCGACUCCCAUCAGCCCCAGAAUGCAUGCCGCCAUGCUGGCUGGGGCUGCUGGGAGUUGUAGUCCAAAACAUCCGGAGGUUGGGGAAGGCUGGCAUGAUGUGUCCCAACUGCUUCUUCACGCUCAUUAUAUAACUCACCCAGCUGAUGAAUAAGCAGGGUGAAGUAAGGGUGAUGUAAGACCGAAAUGUUCACAGGUUGCUAAAAGCCAGGUUUCCCCAGCUCACCAACACUGCUAUAAAGAAUGCAGACCAGGUUCCCUAUUGCAAGAAGAAUGCAUUCUUUUCUCUCUGAAACAUUCGGAGGCUCCUUUUCCACACUUGCCCUUAAUUGGGCCAAUGUCAUCUCAUUCUGUUUCCUUGUUAUGGUUCAGCUGAAUUUGGAGAGAGGUUUUGAGUGUUUUUUGAAGCACAAUGAUGAUCAGUUUUAUGGGUAUCCGAGGGGUAUAUCCACCAUGUCAUUCUGGGUGGAAGCGGUUUAGGUGGCAGCAUCUCAGUUGACAAUAUACAAGGGUUUUAUUUAUUAUUUGUUUGUUUUAUUACAUUUAUGUCCCCCCUUUUCUCCCAGAAGUUCAAGGUGGUGUCCCCAGUUCUCCCCCUCCUCCUUUAAUCCCCACAAUAACUCUCUGGGAUAGGUUAGGCUUUGAGGCAGUGACUGGCCCAUGGUCACCUAGUGAGUGGCGAUUUGAACUCUGAUCUUUCAGCUACUAGUCCAGCACUUUUAAUUGCUACACCACACUUCCUACCUCCCUGUCAGCAAAACUACGUCAGUCACGUCUGCAAACCUAUGAUGAAGAUUGCUGUAUGGAUAACAGAAUUUUAUUAUGUAUUUUUUCUGCUUUUAUGAUAUUCUUCUUGACACAGUGUGAUUCGAUUUAUAUUUAUUUUGUUGGUUUAGCCACUUCAAUCAGCAUAUGACAUCCUGUGUAACUAUGAUAUGGUCAAAACAGCAAAUUGCUUGCUUCCACAUUUCCUUCUCCUUGGAAGUUGAGUUCUAAUUAUAGAAGUUCUUGAGUUCUAAAUAUAAAUUUAUAGCUUGAAAAGGGCAAUAAUUUGCAGGUCUGCUUAAUACGUAGCACCUUUAGGAAUUCUUCGUGUUUAACUAGUCGGCCUUUUCCUUGGCAGUGGGGAGUGACUUCACAUUAAUUGGGUUUAUUUAUAGACUCCUGUGCUUUCCCUAAUCAUUAAAUCCUAGCUCAGCUCUUGGCAACUUCAGCCUCUUGCGUAGUUUUGGGCUGACGCUGUCCAAAUUGCUCAUGUGCCUUUGGUGAGGCUUCCAAGUCUGAAAAGCCUCAUGCUGGUGGCAGCUUCCAGAUAACAAAUGUUUCUGUAUAACAGAGACUUUGGUCUUGAACUAACAUUCCUUGUGGGAUGUCUUAAAAUCGCAAGAGCAGAACAAAAAGUGGUUGCAUAGGCCUGGUGUUUAAAAAAAAUAAAUGCCUUCCAAAAAUGCAUUUUAACCAGUUAAAUAUAUAUUUGAUGUUUUUAUAACUGGAAUAAAGGAAGUCAUAUGUGGUCCUUUCUGAGUGGUGCCAGCCAACAAAAGGGAGCCUUUUCACUUGUGCAGCUAUUGCUUCAAGGCCCCCCCCCCCGCUACCGCCAGGGGGCUCUCCCAGUCCGUGGGGAAAGGAAGGGACAUACCAUCUGGGAGGAGCUAUAAGCUCAGUAUAUCUGGGCUAGGUGGACCGUAUGAUCUGAACUCUCAUAACAAAUGUAGCCUGAAGCAAGCGUCUUGUUAUAAAGCACUUUUCACUCGUAGCAGAACUCCUAGCUGUGUAGAUAUCAUAGAUACUAAUUUCUUAUAUUUGUUUCUUCCUCUGGCAAAGGGCCUACUUGCUCUGUUUUCUCUCUUGCACAUUCUGGGCUGGGGAAUGGGGCUUGUUUCAACUCCUCUCAAGCAUGCUGGAGAAGGGCGUAACUCAGUGGUAGAGCAUCUACCUUGAAUGCAGAAAGUCCCUGGCAUCUCUACGCAGGGCUGCAAGAGGUUCCCUGUCUGUGUAGACAAUACUGGACUAGAAGGGUCAGUGGGUCUGUUUCUAUCUAAGGCAGCUUCCUAUGUUCCUGUGCUGCUCACUGCUGCCGCCUUAUGCAAGUCACUAUACCUGAGCCUAACCCACCUAGGAUAGCUGUGAAUAUAAUGCCAAAUCCUUUCCCCCACCCCUUUCCCUGGAGGAAGAGUAAGAUACUAAUGUGAUAAGUAACAGGACUUUUCCUGCUCCUUUUGCCUUUUGUAUCUGGUUCCAAAAACUGAACUUGAGAACAAGUUGAUGCCCGUAAAUAUUGUAUUGCGAUGUGACUGUUUCACCAUGCAAAGGGUAUUGCUUCUUGGUAUUGUUCACGCUCGCUGUGAUUUCAUCUAAAUGGAUUCUAACCUGGCCCCUGAGGGAAUUCUUUCCCUCCCUAACACCAAAUAGGAACCCGUGAAAUGGAGUUGGCAAGAGCAGCAGCAGCAGGAGGAGGAGUUAAAAGCGUAAAUGAACAUUUCUCACUCAGUCAAUGGGAAAGUUGCCAACUUAUUAAGGUGACUCAGGCUAAAGAAAGUUAAAAACAAAACAGCCCACCAGUAUUUGCUAUUCAAUUCAAAUUGAAUCCAGUAGGGAAGAGAAUUCUGUUCUGGUCAGAUGAUGGUUUAUUUGAAGAUAAUCUAAACUAAAUCAAGGAUUCUUCAAAACUGACCAGAAACCCAUUUAGACACACACACACACACACACACACACACACACACACUUUAGGUUAGCAAUGGGGCAAAUGAGCCAAACAAUAAAUUGCCACCUGUUCUUAUGUAUUCCAGAGGGUUAGCCACAAUAGCCUGUUGCCAUAAAACAACAGUCUCCCCAAGGAGGGAUGGGGAGCCUGCAGCUCUCCAGAUGUUGUUGGACUACAGGUUCCAUCAUCCUUGACCAUAGGCCCUGCUGACUGGGGAUGUUGGCAUCCUACAGCAUCUGGAGGGCUGCAGGUUCCCCUAUCCCUGUGCUGAGGACUAAGUUUAUUGUGGUUUAAGCGCUUGCUGUCCGAUGCAAGAUGUAGUCAUCUGAGUGGGUAGAUGUAUAUGCUGUAAGGGCAGGAGGAAGCAGGAGUGGAGAGAAUGUUUUCUGCCAGCAGGCAAAGUAGUAAGACAGAGAACUUCGCAGAGUAUGGAUGAAAAACGACAACCACAUCAAAAGGCUAAUAGACCCAGUCAGUGGGUGUGGCCCACUCCAAGCUGGUGACAAACUAUCUGCGCAGGAUGAAUAAACACCCAGCAAGGGACAAUUACUUUCUGUAGUGUUCAAGCCACGCCCAGUUGAGCCGCAGUCUGAUAGUGUCAAAUUUGCAAAUGGAUUCCAGCUCAGCCUCUUGACGCUCCCUUCAGAAACAUUCCAAGUGUGGCAGCUUUGAAGUUGGUUGCAAAAUGUCCAAGAAAAUCUAAAUGCUUAGUCACAUUUGCUGCCUUUGAUGGUCCAGUUUUCUUCCUUGCAAUGAUGCUAAGAAAUAUCCCUAACCUACCGGAAAUAUGAGGCUAUAGUGAGUAACCGUCUUUUUCUUCAUAUAUUGCACAAGGGUUGCAGCUGACUCUGAAUAACUGCUUGAAAUCCCAUUUGAGCUGUUCAAGGUUCUGAGCCCAAAGAAUCCAGGUUUUGGGAAGUAUAUGCAAAUAUACUCAUUUGCAUAAAGCAGCAUAAUGUGUGCACUGCUGCGCCUUCUCCCUCCCCUCCAAAAAAUAAUAAUGUUGGUUUCCUAGUCCCCAGAGCAAGUAGCAGGAUGAAAAUGCAGCACAAUAUCUAACUCAAAAAUCAUGCUAAAUAGAAUGUAUAUGAAAACCUCAUUCUCAAUUAAAAGCUUUUAAUUAUGGCUACGCUGUCAGUAUAAAUCAAAGGAUGAAAGUACAACUUGGAGUAUUAGCCAUGACGCACCCAAACAUUGAGCAAGUCUGAGAUUAAUCUAAAGAUUUUACAUGAUGCCUCUGUAUAUAGGAUAAUAUUUAAGAGUUGAAUCUACUCAGAGUAGACCCAUUGAAACAAAUGGGCAUGAUUAACAGGUUCCUUGAUUUCAGUAGAACUUAGUUGGAGUCUAGUGUUUGCCCUUUUCUUCUUUCCCCAUAAGUACCGGUACUGUGAGGUUGGGAAUACCGUAAGUGGGGAGAGCACUGCUUUUGCACUCAGGUCCUGCUUUCUGGCUUCCCAAUAGGGCAUCUGGUUGGCCACCGUAAUAACAGAAUGUUGGACUAGAUGGGCCAUUGUCCUGUGUCUCUUCCAUCCUCAUGAUUAUCACAUGAGCUACAGGCACAUAUGCAGAGUUCUCUUAAUUGCUGGAGCUUCCCCACUCAUUUCAUGAGAAGGUCCAUACAGCAACACAUCUUCCUCUACCACCUGUCAUUGCAAUAUUUCACCAAGCUUUAGAUCAGCGAUUUCCACCAAGAAGAAGAGUUUGGAUUUCAUAUCCUGCUUUAUCACUACCCUAAGGAGUCUCAAAGCAGCUAACAUUCUCCUUUCCCUUCCUCCCCCACAACAAACACUCUGUGAGGUGAGUGAGGCUGAGAGACUUCAGAGAAGUGUGACUAGCCCAAGGUCACCCAGCAGCUGCAUGUGGAGGAGCAGGAAAUCGAACCCGGUUCACCAGAUUACGAUUCCACUGCUCUUAACCACUACACCACCUCUUACAGUUUCAAGAGGGACACUUUGUGCCAUGAUUCCAAGAUCCAUGCAGGGGGUCUGCUUUGGACUCCCAUUUUCAGACAGGAGUCCAUCAUGCUGCACGUGGACAAGCUGUUUUUGAAUGCAAGGAGCAUGUCAAAAGCCAUUCAUAAAGCAGCAGGAAAGAAAUAAUAGAAAAGGAACCUUUUAGAUUGACAGCUCCGAUAUUGCAAUAAGUCAAUGUGAAGAAUUAAGUUGGAGCUAUAAUGAUAGUAGAAUUAUUUGCCCUUGUGAGUAAAUUAGUUAGGGUUGGCACCCAGUUCAGUUUACCAGUCAAAUGUUGUCAGCUGGUCAGUGAAACAAUGAUACUGUUGAUGCUUCCGACUUGGCCAGCAAUCUGCUUGGCACAACCACCUUUAAAAGCUGGUUCUUUGCUUUAUUUCUUUUGGAUUCUUUGGGUUCAGUUGUUGUUGGUUUUUUAAUGUAACUGUAGACAGACCCUGAUGUUCCUGAAUGAAACCAGAGAGAAUCGUCCAGUGAAUUGUUCACAUUUUUAGGAAUAGUAAUGUGUUUUUGUAAUCAUCACAACCAUCAAACUUCUGAAACUUGUUCAGGCUGCAGUCCUAUAUGCACAUACCUUGGAAUAAGUCACUGAACUUGGUAGGACUUCCUUCUAAGUAGAUGUGAAAUUUUUGUCAUUCAAAUAGGCAUGUGUUUCUGUUCAACUUAACCUGCUGUAUCUGGUGGCAGUUGAGUAACCACUUCCAGGCCUUUUCAUUUCCUCUUUUCAAUCCUGGGAAAUUUACAGUGAUGUCAGAGUGACACCUUUCUUUUAAAAAAAUGUAUUUUGUUUUUGGGUUUGUUUUUUUUAAAAAAAGCUUCCUUGCUAGAUGGACUUUCAGAGUUGCAAUGAUGUCACUGAUGCUCUUUAAUGGCCAAUUGGUCAUUGAGUUUUCCUGCUUGAUAUGAUUGGAUCAUCAGUGAAAAAUGCUUGCUUAUGUCAUGUAUAGAAGAAGGGGAAGUAAGGGGGAAAAGUUAACUUUCUCUGAGCAGAAGAUAAUUCAGGCUGCAUAACAAGGUUGCAUGAUCAUUUCCAUUAAACAUUCCAAGGGAUUUUUUUUACCCCCCUCGAAUUCAAUGCCCUGGCAGAGUUCCACAUUUAAUCUUCUUGAUUUCCUCCUAAAACGAAACAACCUGUCUAAACAAAGCAGAGAAUGAUUUGUUUGCAGCAAAUUUCCACAGCAAGUGGUGUGUUGAAUUAUGCUGUGAUUUCCCUUCUAACGGGAACUUGGCGUGGCUAAACAAAUUUCCUAGCAAGCAGAGACCAAGCCCCAAAAACUAGUGCCCAGACUGAGUAUUUCUGAUGUUUUUUUUCCUGCAAUGAACCACCAGCUAUUUCAGACUUUACAUUUCUGGGUGACGCUCUAGGAAGCACUGGGCCCUGGGGCAGGUAUGCAUUGCCUCUUGACUUUUGUUAGAAUCAUAAGAAUUCCUGCAAGAAAAACAACAACACAGAAAGCCCAGUACAAAGAAGCCUGGGUUUCCUCACAAUAAGCAAGAGCUAAGGUAGAGGAAGAUGGGAAGAUACUGUUGAGAUUGUUGCUAGGGCCAGGAAGAUAAAGAAAAGAAGAAAUCAAUGGAAGCCACUCGAAAACGACCAAUAUUCUAUAGAAAGCAAUUAGGUCCAGAUUCAACAUUCCCUGACCACUAGUGCAAGAAUGAAAAUAAAGGUUGAGCAGUAUGAAAUGCAGCGCAACAGUUGCGCUAGCAGCACCUUGUUGCGCAGCAGGAAGUAUCGGGACCCCUGCAGUCCGUUGCGCAACUGGCCACAAGAGCCAUUACUAGUUUCUGGCACCUUCUCUUGUUCAAGUCAUUCUGCUAGCACAACUGGCAACACUGCUAAGCAACUGCAAUUCCAGUCCCCUUCUGUUUUGCAAGCCCUUCUAGGAUGCCGCACACAUGCUUUCAGGGUUUCCUUAGCUUCAGUGAGGGCGGGAAUCUUGAUAUUUGUAACUGGAAUCUGGGGAUUGCAUGAUACCGGUUUUGAAACUGCACCCUGGGAUCUGGACGUGCAGGUGACACAGCAUGUGUAGCACCCAUGAUUGCAAAGAUGAUACUGGCUAGGGCAGAAAGUCUGAAAAUCUGAGCUUGGGAUUGUUUAAUUGUAGAAGCUAUGUGGGGAAGUACCAAACUUCAUAGAGUUUAGUAUCAUUAUCUCUUGAUUGCCAUUUAUGCUUACUUCCUCCUCUCCCCAUGCCCUCACCUUGGGUUGCUCAAUCUUCAGCAGGCAAAGUCCAAAUCCCCUGACCAGGUGACAAUCAUUUCCUUUUAAAAAAUAUUUAUUUAUACUUUUCAGAUACAUACAUUUCACUGAUUUUACAUUCAUUUUGAUAUUUUAAAGCUUGACUUCCUUCCCCCUCUUUCUGCGGUUCCUUAGUUUUUGUAUCCAUUCUUCCUUUGAUGGGACUUCUUCUUUCCAUUUUUGGGCAUGUAACAUUCUUGCCACUGUAGUCAUGUACAUGAAUAAAUUUCUAUACAAUUUAGGUAGUUCUAUCCCUAUAAUUCCCAGAAGAAAGGCUUCUGGUCUUUUUACAAACAUUAUUUUAAACAUCCUUUUCAUUACAUUGUAUAUAAUUUCCCAGUAAGCCUUAACCUUACUACAAGACCACCACAUAUGAUAAAAAGAAUCUUCUUUCUCUUUACAUUUCCAACACUUAUUUGAUUUAGUUUUAUACAUUUAUGCCAGUUUACUUGGUGUUAGAUACCAUCAAUAUACUAUUUUCAUAUAAUUUUCUCUUAAACUAUAGCAUGCUGUAAAUUUUAUAUCCGUAUUCCACAAUGAUUCCCACAACCACCACCCCACCCAACUUAAGUAAGUAAGUAAGUAAGUAAACAAUAAAGUGAUAUGACCUGUUGAUUUCCUCUGAAAAGCUCAAGUAAUAAAAAGCACCCUGGAUAAGUGUAAUACGUUUUGUUCUGCAUUUUGUGCUUUUGUGUUGUCAUCUUCACCUCCAAAUGCCUUUGCAGGAAACUUUUUAAUAUUCUAGAACAGUGAUUCUAAAACCUUUGCUCCCACUGUCCACUUGACAAUUGCUGAGGGUCUUGGCAGACCAUUUAAUGAUUUUUCUGCCUGUUCUGUGCUGUUUGCUUUUUAAUUGCUCCCCCCCGCCUUAUAUGUUAUUUUACAAUUUGAAUUCCAUAGAAUUUGCUUCCAUAGAAUUCAAAUUGUCAUAUAAUAAAAUGCAAUCCAAUGAAUAAAAGAAGCAAUAAAAACACACUUUUAAGUCCACAUGAGUAUUUAAUGCAAUGGACGUGCCAUCUCCUAUCUUCCCCCAUGAAUCCACAGACAUGCCAUGGACCAUAGUUUGGCAUCCCCAAUGUCUAGAGCCUGUGCCUGCCACUGCUGGGUCUGAUACCACUGAGGUGGUAGAUCACUGGCGGAAAAGUGCUGCUGCCAUAGCUCUGAGAAAUGAGAGUGGAUUGGGCCACCCUGUACAGAGCUACUCUACAUCACCACUACUGCUGCCCUGAAUCUCCUAUCUCUGCAACAAGUGGACUGCCUGUUCAGAGCGGGCAGGGCGGGGCAGUUGGGACACCCCUGUAUCCUUUGUUCCAGCUAAAGGACUGGUUGCACCCCUGCAUUGUCAAUUGGAGAGAUUCUAGUUUGAAUCUAUAGUUCAGGGGUAACCAACACAGUCCCUUGCAGGCGUUUCUUGGCACCAGCUAUCUCGGACCGUUGGCCAUGUCCACUGAGGCUGAUGGGAAUUGUAGUCCAAAACACCUUGUGGUCUCUUCGUUGGCUAUCCCUACCCUAGUUACUUUGCUGGGUCAACCACUACAAUGCUGUUUACAUGGGGCUGCCUUUAAAAAUUGUUUAUUUAUAUUUAUUUUAAUAUAUAUGUAGGCUGCUUUUCUGAGUACAACCCAUCCAUGGUAGCUUGCAUUGUUAAUCAUUGUUACAAUUGGUUGUAAAUUUGUUUCCAGGCUCAGUUUAAAGAACUGGUAUUAAACUGGUUCUAGACUUUAUGGCUUUAAAGGCUACCUUAAGGAUUGCCUUUGUACAUCUGAAGCUGCCCAACCUUUAAACUCCAACUCACCUGACAUCACUUGGUCAGGUACAAUAGAUGGGCCUUUCUUCGUAAUUGCACCCAAACUAUGGACUGCAACUCCCAAUGGAGAUCUUUCAGGAUGCCUAUUGAGGGUGUUUCUAUAUCAACAGGCUUUCAGUAUUUUAAUUACCAUACUUUUCUGUGUAUAAGACUAUUUUUUUUACUCUAAAAUAAUGUUCAAAAUCUGGGCUCGUCUUAUACACGGAUAGUAUCUCCCCCCAUUUUCUUAAAUCGGAAUCCUCCAAAAUAGGGGGCGUCUUAUAGAUGGAAACAUAUGGUACUUUUAAGGCAUUGAUGUUUUUUGUGGGGGGUUUUAAAUAUUGGCUGCUUUUAUGUUUUAUUGUUUUUACUGUUAUAUGAAUUGCUUUUAGUUUUUAGCAGUGUCUUUGUGACUUUUGUUUGUACGCUGAUUUGCUGAUUUGAUUUUCAGAAGCACUAGUUAUAAAAUAGGUGCAGUUUGGCCCUUGUAUAUAGCCAUGUUUUGCAUUUGGUUGCAUCCCAAGAACUGGGGGUGGGGACCCAGGUCAUUGGAUGGCCCAAGAAAGAACCUUCUCUCCAGCUAACUACAUUUUUAUUCAUUUUCCAGCCGCCAACCUGAGCCACCAAAGAAGGAGAAAGAGGCAACUACGACCACCCCUUCUCAGUCCAAGAGAGCAGAUGAGUGGAAGGACCCUUGGCGCCGAUCAAAAUCCCCCAAAAAGAAGCAUGGGCUGUCUGCUUCACCCAGCCGUGCCCGCAGGCGCCGGAAAACCUCUGCCUCUUCAGCCUCCGGCUCAGGUUCAUCAAGGUGUGAACCCGAGAUGGGUAGCAAUUGAUGCAAGGGGAUUUCUUAUAAUCAGCAUCACUCCAGAUGGCUCCCAGGACUCAGUCCUAGCAGAAAGAGCAAUGCUGCUGGUGGGAGGAGCAUGUGAGCCAGAGACAAAGAGAAUAGGCUGUGUGGCCAGGGGAUUCUGUUGUGAAUAAGCAUCCAGCCCUUUCUUGGAUGCACUAGGGCAGAUUGCUCUGGUGUUGGUUAAUGGAAAGAGAGCUUAAAUCAAUACUGUGACCUGUUGAGACUGAAUGGCAGAGAGUGACAGCCUGUGCCCCUGGAAAGGUAGCCUCUAAAGGCAGGCUACAGCAGAGUAGGACGCAGACAAUUUGUGACCCCAUGUGAACCUACUAGAAUCUUGGGGAGAUUUUGAAAUAAGGGAGCUUCUUAAAACAAGUAGAACUGAAAAUAAGAAUUCAUACAAAUAAUGUUCCAGUUGCCAAAAUGCUGUUCCCUCAUAUGUACACAUACCUUUUAUUCCCUUUCAGGUCAUCUUCUCGCUCCUCCUCCUAUUCUGGAUCUGGUUCUUCACGGUCACGGUCCAGAUCUUCCUCAUACAGCUCCUACUCUAGUCGCUCUUCCAGGCACAGCUCCUUCUCAGGCAGUCGAUCCAGGUACUGUUUCUCCAGAUGUGUUAGCUGGCAGGUUCUUGGGCUCCCAUAGUGAGCCUCCCUGAGUAAAGACAGGUUCUUUUAGGUGAGUCUGGGCAGUACCCUAUGGAAAGCUCAGGACAGCCACUUGAUGUCAGUUUUAAGGUGUCGCUGGAAAUCCUGGAAGUGGAAUCCAGGACACAGACUAAGUUCAGAAUUCAGGGAGCUUAGCUGGUCACUAAGGCACAGCUGCAUGAUUGCUGCCUAGAAGUAGUUUUACUACAAUUUAUAUCCUUUAUUUUAAUGCUCCUCCUUUUAAAAAUUAAAAUACCUAAAAUGCUCAUCUAGAUUGCUAUUUUUUCUUCAAAAUAAAUCAUACCUUAGUCAUUAAUUCAUUGCAUCUUUGAGAGCACUUUACAUAUUAAUAUUGCAUUCCAUAUUUUUCAGGCCCAUUUGCCCACUGCUGCUUGCUUAUUGCAUUUUUUCCUAUUGCAAGGAGCAUUCUUGCACCUGCAAAUAAAAUGCUCACCAGUAUUCCGCUCUAUUCUCUUCACACAAUUUCUCAUAUCAGCCUAAUGGUAUCUGGAGGGCACCAGGUCGCAGAAGGCUGACAUGGGAUUUCUUGAAAUUUGGACCCCAUUUCCAUGCUCACAAACUCACAGGUGUGGCCUGCUGACUUAUGCAGAAUUUACGCACGAGUAAGUGUGUUUAUGGUUGUGACCCUGCAAUGGCAUUUCAAAUAGACACAGUCGCCACUGUCACAUGCACUGGAAAGAGGCAGUUUCCUAGAUGUUUGGGUUGGCUGCUGCUGCUGCUGCUGCUGCUACUGAAAAGUUAUGAAAUGGUGAUGAAAUAUCCAGGUACAACAUGUUUACAAUCAUCUGUUAUCAGAAGAGAAAAAGUUGUGUAAACAAAUGGUGGCAAUCUUGUGACCCGUGGAGAUGAUUUUCUCUUCCAGAUCAGCAGAGGAGUGGGGGGGGGGGGAGAGAGAAAGAGAGAGAUCUGGAUGACUAUCCAAUAAUUCUGUGAUGCCUUCAGCCCCUGACCAGUCGGGGAGCUGCUGUUUCUCCACUUUCUGGAGGUUGCCUGCUUGGGAGGGUUCCUUUUCCCAGUCCAUGUUCUAGCUUCCUCUCUACCAGGAGAUGUGACCGUUGGCUUAAAAUGGUGGGGUACAGAACCGUUUCUGAGCUACUUGGACCCUGAAGAAAAGGGAGUUCCAUGUUGCUGAAUCCUGACCAGGGUAGAGCUCAGCCCUUUUCUGGCCCCGUACCGAGAUGUGGGUGAAGAAAGGCCCAUCCUAUGGGGCAGUUCAGCAUCCCUCCUUUUCCUGCUCCAAAUUCUGCAGAUUAGAAGCUAGGCAACUAAAUUCUCAUGUCAUUUGAUCAAUUUGAAUUCCAGGAUUUGGGCCCUUUUCCCCAGUGAAGUUGCACUAAGGCAAGAGCCUGGAGGGAAUGGGAAGAGGGGCAGUUAUGGAAUCUGAGGGCUGUUGGGACAAAGAGCCAAGUUGGUGGUGAGGCACCACCCCCAGUUACUGGCAGUCCUGCCGGGUGUGUUGCUUGGCUUCUCAUUUCAGGCGGCCCAUUUCUGCCACCCACCCAUGCUAAAGCUUCCUUCCCUUCAAGGGUGCUCUUCUUUACACACCCAGCCCCACUUCACCAACAGAUGUUGGGUGCUGGUUUUUCUCCGCAGUACCUCUGAUCUAAGAGUCCUGUGGACACAGAUCACUCACAGCCUUGAAUGUGGCAUGGGCAGCACUUGGCGCACUGAAAAGUCGAAAGCCAUCAUCUAUCCAAAAGAUGCUUCCAAAAAGUUUGGAUAGUAGAGUUUUGUAAAAGAAAAAUGGUACCAUUUUUCAACUUUCUUCAGAGAUUCUUAUCAGCCUGCUUUGCACAGAUAACAGCAGAAGUGUGGCAUUGGAGGUGAGGGCUUGCAUGAGCUUAGAGCUCUUUUCCCCACAGUGGCAGGUGGGGGACCAGUGUUGUGGUCAACAGAUCCUCUAAAAGCCAAUUCAGAGUGGAGCCCUGCAGGUGCUGCUUCCAGGGUUAGCAGGCCAUUCAAAUCUCACCAGUUGGCCACCUGUUGUUUGAUUGUGCCCAUAUAUUGUAAAAUAUUCCAUGAAGCCAUCAUGCUUGAAGAAUUGGCCCCGUUGCCUACUUAGCACACCCAUCUGCCUUUAAAAUCGGUCUUGUGCUUUUCAGUAGUUGUUGUUACUUCACUUUGUUACUUCGUUUUAUUUUGGUUCAGUCCAAAAAAACCCAAAAAACCUGUAGACUGAUCCUCAUGUUUCACGAUAAAAACCAAAUGGAAGAAUAGUCAGUGAAUUGUUUGCAUUUAGAAGGAACUUAGCAUGGACUUUUAUAAUGGACUUAACUUUACCUUUUUUAGAGGCACCCCCAAUUCAGUGAGGCUUUUGCUGUAUUUAAAGGGUGUAUCUAGACUUUCCCCUCAUUCUCAUUCUCUCUCUCUCUCUCUCUGUUGUCUGAUUUUUCAGGUCACGGUCCUUCUCAUCUUCCCCAUCUCCUUCUCCAACGCCAUCUCCACACAAACCUCUUCCCAAAGCUAAAGGAGAGCCUGCAGCACCUGCUGGAAAGGGGUAAGAUGCUGUGUCCGCUCUGGGCAAAGUGACAUUGGGACAUUCCCUUUUGAGGUUCUAUAGCAGUAUAAAGGUGCAGGGGCACUUUGCAUUUGUCACAUUUAGAACUAGACCAGCAAGGUACUUUCCACCAGAUCAGGUUUGUAAAGUGUGGUCCUGUGGUAUUGUGGCACCCAGGCGUGAAAUAAAGCAAACACAACAGUUGUCUGUACUUAAAUAUUGAUUUUUAAAUGGACGUCAUCUCCCUUUUCCAUGAACAUGUGACACAUGCUUCACAUACAAUUGAAGAGAUGACACAGUUCUGCUGAGGGAUGUCUACCUACUUGUAGCAAUGUUGGUUCUGCGAGGCCUGCAGCUUAUCUCUUGAUACGCUGUCAUUCACUGAUUGGAUGAAUGAUAAAGCAAUAAAAUGUGUUUAUUUAAACAUACACUCUUUGGGUUAGUCAUCAUAGGGCAGUAGGCAGACUUCAGGCUUAUGGGAUCUACUUUUUUUUUUUUUUUAAACUAAAACCCCAGGAUCCAACAACUGGAGCCUAGUGAGUGGGGGGGAGGGCUACAUUUCAAAUCAAACUGUUCUAAGCCCAGACCUUUGUUUCGAAUACCAGAACUGAACAGAGCUCACAGUCCUUCCACUCAAAAAGUCCAUGCCUGAUUUCCUCCCCCCACCGGGCCCCCUAACAGUAUAAUUUGCAGUGGGGUGGAACUGGGGAAGAGAAAGUCACCCCAUUUGGCCAUGGAGAUGAGCUUGAAAACAUGAGGCAGAUUUGGUGAAAUGUCCAGAGACCCCAAAAUAGACUGAACAGGACUCACUGUGGUCCCAGGAGCUGCACUUUGGAGCUCUGUGCAAAAGUUUCUUCCAAUACGAAAUGCAAAAUAAAUAUAUGCACGGUCACCUAAAUGACUCUGAAAACCCUGUUGCUGUACUGUCCAUAUUCGUUUCAUUAAAAGUUUUGUCUCCCAGAAUAUUCCUCCUUUUGCAAUUCAUGUGAAUUAAGGAGAGUUGGGAGAGCAACUUCCCCAGAGCCUUACAGGGAGCUCAAUUCCAGCAUGUCCAAUUAGAAGAAUUUGAGGGAGGAGGGCUAGGAAAGGCCUGUGACAACUCUGGAGAGCCAUUGCCAGUAGAGUAGGCAAUACUGGGCUUAAAUGAACAGCAGCCUGUCUCUUUGAAAGACAGCUGACCUUUGUAUGUUCAACCUGGGCAUCUCGUGUCCAACCCCAAGACGCUCUUUCACCAUCCUGUCUCCCAGAAUGUGCCAGACGGCUUUAGCAUGGUCGCUAAGAUUUGAGGCCAGACUUGAGUCCAGUUUAAAAAAUCUAGCACCCACUCUCUUCCAGCCGGUCUCCCUGCUCCUGUCAUCUUACCCAUUUUACUUUUGCAGUGACAAGCCUGUGAAGAAACUACCUGCCCCUCCAGCACCUCCACCAGUCGCUAAAACUGCCCCAGCUGCCCCGGAGCCACCCAAGCCAGGAAACAGUAGAGAGGCGAGGCGGAAGGAGCGCCAAAUGAGGAUGCCACCCCGGAGGUAGGAGGAACAGGGGAGCUUCCUAGAACAAUCUCCUAAUAGGCAAGUCAAAGCAUGAGCUGCUUUCUUGGGAACCUGGGGAGGCACAGCGGCCCAAGUCAUUGCUUCAUGCCUAGGGGCUUCCCAAGACAUAGCUGUUUACUUGAAAUGUCACUUAAGGCACCAGUGGCUAGCACUUCGUUUGCCUAAAGGGCCACAUUCACCCUUGACCAAUCCUCAGGGGCCACAUUCCAGGAGCAGCUGUGUCCAUAAGUGGGCGUGUCCACUCCACAUUUCACAAACACAUGCCCUGCUUCUCUGUGCAGAUCAAUUCAGGCAGGAGAAAUUAUCAACUCCUCUCCCUUCAUCAUAUGAUUGAUCUGGUUACCAGAGAAGGGAUUUCUGAGCAUCUUGGGAAAUUGGCUGUGGCAAAGCGGGGUUCUCCAAAGUGAAAUUAGCGUGCAAUUCAAAUGUGUAGAAUUUCUGAAACUGGCACAAUAUAAAUGGGCCACAUCCCAAAGGAUCUAAUUCCAUGCAGGCUAAAGAAACCACUUGUUUCCUAUGUUCUCUUGGGGCUCUUUUGACCCUGCUUGCUUCAUUGGCUGUGGGAGCUGCAUCCGGAAGACAGAAGAGAGAAACUUCCCUGCCCUUCAUGGCUUCCUUAGCAUUCCUCAUUAGAAUCAUGACCACGGGUUUUUAGAGUUCUGUGACUGAAAGCCAGGUGAGAAAUAGGUCCAUGCCAGGAAGUAUCUGUGGGGAAUCCCUUCUCUUCUCCCCUGUGAUCACUUUGGGGAGGGAGGAAGGGCACAGCCUCCCUUUGCCCCGCAAGAGGACUGGUUUCCCGCAACUGGUAAUUAGCGGCCUGCUGCCUCUGAUUGUGGAGGCACAGCCAUUGUAGCUAUUAGCCAUUGAUAGCCUUAUCAUCCGUGAUUUUGUGUAAUCCUCUUUUAAAACCAGUUGCUGAUACCCCAAUGGGAGUCCCAUAAAUGCAAUAGCCCUCUCCUGUUUGGAAUCCCAAGCAACUGAUUCCAAACACAUUCCAAGCACAUCAGAGUGUAAUGUAUUGCUCAGCCAACUCAAUUAUUUCUCCCACCACCCAAACUAUCCCUAGUUAGGGCUUGGGCCCGUAUGCCAUGGGGAUGGUCCCUAGUGGCAGAAGUCAUCUCACAUGCAGUACCCAUUGACAUAGAAUAGGUUCCACUGCCCCACACAGCAAGGAUUUUCAAGCAGAGUUACUCCAUUACGAUCCCUACUUGCAAGAAUCCACUUUAGCCCUCUCCCUCCUGCUGUUAGGUGCCCAGCACAUCCACAUGGAAGCGAGCUAUUAUUUUCUAAGUCACUUGGAGAUGCCUUACAUAGCAAGCCACUAAUAGGUUGUAUUAUUAAUAUUCAUUAUUGUUUAGAAUUUAUUCUGCUGAUAAUGUUGGUUUUCACCCGUCCUAAGUAAGGGUUUGUGGGUGGCUGUGUAUUCCUGAGUGCACCUGUAUGGCAAGCAUCAAGGUUUCCCUAGAAUGACCAGCAAAGGUGUCUUGCACUGAUGUCCACCUGGUAUGUAACAGGGAGCUUGAACUUGUUUCUUGUUGCAGGCGGGCCAUCAGCUGCAGCAUGAGUGGCAGCGGCAGCAGCUAUACUGGGUCCAGCUCCCGUUCAAGAUCCAUCUCCCGAUCCCUCUCUCGAUCUCAUUCUCGGUCCUCCUCAGCUUCCAUCUCCCCAUCACCGUCUGGGUCCAGAAAGUCCAGGUGAGAUAUUUCCUUCUGUUUCUGGGUUGGAAGAGUAAAACAUGUGGCUACUUCUGCGGAAUGAGGCAUCUCUCUUCUAAAGCAGGAUUUGUUUGAAGGAAGCACCCUGCCAACCUUCAUGGCCACUUGAGUAAAAACUGGGAAAUGCCCAGAAAUCAGCUUUUCUUAUAAAGACCUUAGAAUUGCCAUCCUGGGUCGAAGCAUCUGCCUCCGCAGCAUACCCUGUGACUUUGCCCAGCCAGAAUCGUCAGGAUGGUUCAGAAGCAGAACAUGCUAGGUACAACCUUCUCCUUGUGGAUAACCCCAACUGUGCCCUCUGAAAAUGUUUCUACCUCCAUGCCUUGUGGCAAGAAGCAACAAGCAUGUGUCAUCAGCUGAUUUGACUUCGCAUUUAAUUCAUUACGGUAUCCAGUACCUUGCAGUUCUUUCCUUAUAUUAAUUUAGCUGUUGCAGGAAGACAUCCUUAAAUCUAUUUCCAAGAAGGAAUUGAAAUUGUGAGGGUAGGGAGGAGAUUGCAGAGAAAACCAUGAUGACAUGAACAGUCUGUUUUGCAUAAUGUUAUGUUUUCCUGGGGCUCCCUGCAUCGGAUUCUAGCUUCCGCAUCAAUGAACACAAAAGGUUCCCAGCUGAGCUGGUGUCCCAAUGACAUCUGGAAGGCACCAAGUUAGGAAAGGCUGUGCUGGAGCAGCACAGUUGGCCACCGUUUUGCUGCGGACAAGUGCUCAUGAGCAUCUUGACUGAUUAUGAAAGUCCUCUUGAUAUCACAGCAAUUCAGCCAGUGGAGGGGGGAAGGAACGACUUGUAUCCAGACGGACAAUAGGCAGAAACCAGUUUUUAGCCUAGUACUAAAUUGACCUGGUGCCCUCCAGAUGUUUUGGGACUCCUGGAGGGCACCAGGUUAUUUAUUUAUUUAUUGGCGUUUUCAUCCCCUCUUCCUCUCCAAGAAGCUCAAGGUAGUGCACAUGGUUUUCUCCCCCUCUAAAUGAAGGGGGUAUGACUGUGAGGUAGGUAUGGCUGACAGGCAGUGACAGGUCCAAGGUCACCCAGUGAGCUUCAUGACUGGGGUGGUGGGAAUUGAACCCUGGUCUCUAACCAGUACACCACACAGGCAAGGCUGUAUUACAUAAGCAAAACUAUUCUCCACUGGGGUGCUGUUUCAACCCCUUCUUCUGGAUCUAACUUGUAUCUUUGCCCUCCUCGCACCCAACCCAGGUCCCUGAGUGUAAGUAGCGUCUCGUCCGUUUCCAGUGCCUCCUCCAGUAGCAGCUCUGUGCGGAGUGCUGACUCAGAAGACAUGUACGCUGACCUAGCCAGCCCGAUUUCUUCGGCCAGCUCCAGAUCCCUAACCCCAGCGCAGCCGAAGAAGGAGAGAGGUAGGCCACUCUGCCUCCAGAAUGUGAUUUUCCUGUGUUCCUUCAAGCACCUCCUGUGGCACUGCCAGUCUCCAUUCCCCUCUGCUUCUCACUUCCCCUCACCCCCCCCCCACGGACUUCCCUGUUUUUGCUGCCCUUGUUUGCAGACUGCUUUGGAAUGUUCUUCACUAGCAGACGGAAAGACGUGUGAAAUCUUCAUGAACACAGUUCACUAGCACUAUUUAUUCUGGAUGCAGAAUGCAGAUUAUUUUGGCGACAGGUCCUUCUGCUGUGCUCAUCAUAUCUGUUCACUAUCUUGGCACACGAGUAACGCAAGCUUAGACCAUGCAUGUGGUCUGUUGUUUCUAAAGGCAAAAUUCUGCCCUUUUUUAGCAGUGGAAAUACACUGCAAAUUCAUUGGCAACAGCAGGGAAAGCCAAUCAGCCGGCAAGGGAAGCCCAGAGAAGAGCCUCACCAAUUAUCUUUAAAGUGCAGGUGGGUUGAUAUUAGAGCAGGCCAUCCUUGAGCAGCUUUUGUCCCAAACCAUAAACAGCCAUAUGGGUUAUUGCCAGCACCUUUCUUUGUGCAUGCACUAGAGAAAUGUCGCCCAUGUGGCUGCUACAUUUUGAGCCGACCAAAGUUUCAGAAAGGUCUUCAAGGAGAAUCUCGCAAGCCACACACUCUUGUAUUCAAGCCUGGAUGUUACUAAGGCAUGGGUAACAGUAUCCGAACUGCUUCUGUGUAGGAAGGGACAGAGCUCUGGGACAUUCACAUAUUUUUGGAUUGGAUUGUAUGUAUUUUAAUAUUUUAUAAAUUUCGCUAUAUAACCAUCUCAAAGGUCUUAAUCUGAGCCUUGUGGCUUUUAUUCCAAAUGUGGUUGGGGCUGAUGGGAGUUGUAGUUCAAAGCAUUUGGAGAGCACCAGGUUGGGGAAGGCUGGUUUAGGUUGAGUCACCACUUAAAAGGACCUCAGGUGGCAGGUAAUAGGAGAGCCCUGCCACCUUUCCUGCUGGAAGCCUUGAAGAGCUGCUGCUUGUCAGAAAAGACAGCACUUCCAGUGCUGCAGCUCAGAGCUCAGUGCUUUACAUGCAAUAGGUCCUGGGUUGAAUCCCUGGUAUCAUUAUGAAGGGCAUGGAGAGACCCUUCUUCUUUCCUUAUAUUUUUUAUUAGUUUUCCAAAUUGUUACAAAUCAGACCUAAUUACUUUAAUACAAUUUCAUAAAAUCAGGUUUCCCGCUCCUGUUGCACCACUGUUAAUUCUCAUAAAUAUUAAAUCUGUUUCACAUGUGUAAAGGUAAAGGUACCCCUGCCCGUACGGGCCAGUCUUGCCAGACUCUAGGGUUGUGCGCUCAUCUCACUCUAUAGGCCGGGAGCCAGCGCUGUCCGCAGACACUUCCGGGUCACGUGGCCAGCGUGACAAGCUGCAUCUGGCAAGCCAGCGCAGCACACGGAACGCCGUUUACCUUCCCGCUGAUAAGCGGUCCCUAUUUAUCUACUUGCACCCGGAGGUGCUUUCGAACUGCUAGGUUGGCAGGCGCUGGGACCGAACGACGGGAGCGCACCCCACCGCGGGGAUUCGAACCGCCGACCAUGCGAUCGGCAAGUCCUAGGCACUGAGGUUUUACCCACAGCACCACCCGCAUCCCUGUUUCACAUGUGUAGUCCUUCAUAAAUGGUGUUCUCAGAUCUGGUGCGUUGGGAGAGUUAAUUGCUAUCUUCCUUUGUUCAGUUCUCUUCCUUUGUUUAGUUCCCUGCAGUGCUUACAAUGUCAUUUCACAUUCCGUUCCCUUCCUUCUGCUGUUCACCAACUUGUGUACAGGCUGUGGCUUUAAAUAAUUCCCAGAUAAGAUGUCCAAUCUCCACCAUUAAAAUUCUACUCUGGGGUUCUUCCUCAGCACAGCUAAGUUUUUUUUUCUCAAAUACAGCUGCUUCUUGCCAGAUUUAAUGAGCAGCCAUUCAUUUUCUUACUCUGCAUUGCUCCCUCACACUCCUGGUCCAGUCCUUUAUUCUGAAUAAUGAGGACUAGGAUUGUGCUAUAUUUUUAGAGGAAGGGUCAUAGCUCAGCAGUGGAACAUCUGUGUUGCAUGCAGGAGGUCCCAAGUUGAAUCCCCAACAGCAUCUUCAGGUACGACUGGGAGAGACCUCCUGCCUGACAUGAUGGAAAGCCACUGCCGGUCAGUUUAGACCAGUAGUCUUCUACCUUUUCAGACCCAGGACCCACUUUUAACUCAAACACACAUUUGGGGACCCAUUCCUUAAUCUUUUACCAUAUAUUUGCAUGAUGGUAGUGCUUCUGUUGCAACCCACCUUGGAUCAGGCCAUAACCCACUAGGGAACCCUUACCCACCAGUUUGAAGACCAGUGGUUUAAACAGUACUGGACCAGGUAGACCAGUGGAACUCUGUAUAAGGCAAUUUCCUCUGUGAAAUGCUCCAUAGCUUAUAUAACGUUGCUUGUUUUCAGCACAGAUUGUCCACAGUUGCUGUCAUGUUGACUGUCCCCUGGCCUUGCUUACAGAAACCUGGGGAGGGGAGGAGCACUUUCUGGCUCUUUGAUCACCAAAGCAUGUUCUGCUCCUAGCAGGAAAGCCCAAAAAAGAAGGUGGCAGCAACAUCAAGGAGGAGAAACGGAAACGGGAAGCCCCAGCACAGCCCCCCAAGCCAGCCAAGGCCGUGCAAGGGGGUAAAACUCAGCAGCCGCCCCCACCUCAGCAGCCCCCACCGCCCCAGCCGCAGCCAGCCGGCUUCAGCGCCCACAAAGAAAUCAAACUAACACUGUUGAACAAGGUGAGGUUUUUUUUGGGGGGGGGGACUGAGAGGGUCUCCUUAAAUAUUUUAAGCCGUCCCUCAACUUCCUUGCAUGCAGUUGGAGGGGAGGGGGCUUCCCACUUCUCUCUGGGGCAUUGAUAAUAUUGAAUAAUAUGCACAGGGGCCCAAGAAGGCUUCCUCUGACUUGGGGUCCACCCAGCAGCUGCCUUAGGUGUGACAACAAGGCGUCCUCAAAGCAAAUGAGGGUCCUGUUUCGAGGGUGAGGUGUAAAGGGCUGGCUCAGAUAGCGGACAGGUGGAUCUGAUCCAUCACAGGCAGAACUUACUUCUUUGCAAAAAAUAUGUCUAACUGCUACAUAUAGACAAUAAAAAAGGUACAAAUUUAAAGAGAACCACUAUUAGAGAAAGAUACUUAGUUAAUUGCAUGCAUAAGUUGGCAGCACAUAAAGAGAUUUCAGCAGCUGCUUAAGGAAUAAAGCAGAAGGUGCCUGCUGAAUUCUGAAUGGUAAAGAGAGGAACUUUUCUGCCUCUCAUAUUAUAGGACACCCAAGAUCAGCCAGUUAAAUUUGAGGUAUAGGGGAUCCAGAUAGCAACUGUUUCACCAAAUGCAAGCUUCCACUUCUUUGGAGUUGGUCAUCCAAUUUGGCUGAUCAGUGUCAUAUGGGAGCUCUUAUCAGUGGCUUCUUAUUGGGGAAGGGGGACAGCAGGCAAAUCACACUUGCGGGCUUCUUGGAGGCAUCCGUUUGUCUGUUGUGUGGAACACAAACGCUGGGUUGGACAACUUUCUGGUCUGAUCCAGUAAGAGGCUGCUCUUGUGUCCUUGCAGUCCUGCAGGGGCCUCUCUUGCGUAAACAACACUGAAGAUGCACCCACCAUGCAGUCCUGCUGGUUAACUUGUUAUGAGCAAACUGCCAGUCAUUAGGACAGGUCAGAUAUGUGUGAUGGGAAGGUCAGUGGCACAGUGGUACAUUGCUGAAACACCUGGAAGGUGCAUUGGGUGUUCUUGUGUUUACAGCAUGCAUGACACCUUCCCCCAGGGGCCACUGCCAGUCACACCACCCAGAAGCUCUCGUCACUUUUGUCCCUGGGCAUAGUUGAGGCAUUUUUCUGUUAGUCACACUAGAGUGGGACAGAACAGUAGUAAGCAGCUUUUAGGUUUACACAGGAAAGCAGAGCACUGGGGACAGACUGAGCAGCAUGUAGUCUGCUGGGAAAGCAGCACAUGGAAAUAGCGGGGAUUUUUCUGCUUCUGGCCUCCCAGUUGGUUUCAGCUUGAAGAGGAAUGGUUGACCUCUGCUAAGGGUGGGAUUGGAGGUGCCAUUGCUCUAGGGGGAGAGGACAGUUAAAAGUGGAAGCAGGCUGCUGCUUGCUUGAUUGACUAACUGCCCAAGGCAGGCACUCACCUGACCAGUCGCAUGCUCUCAAGGCCACAACACACACCUUUUCUGGGCCAGCCUCCAGCCGCACUCUGACCUUCUCCUCAGAAAAUGUGCAACAGAGCCUGUGGCUAGAGCCAGCAAGGUGAAGACUUGGAGCACAAAUGUCCUGCUGCAGGGAGAGUGCCUCAUUGACAGGCCAGCCUGUGUGUGUGUGUUCCCAUGCGUGAGCCUGGCUCAUUCUGAUCCCCUCCAUUCUCUUUGCAGGCAGCUGACAAAGGAAGCAGGAAAAGGUACGAGCCCUCUGACAAAGACAGGCAGGCUUCUCCUCCAGCCAAGCGGAUGACACUUUCUCCAGACAGAGGUGAGGAAGUGUGUGGGACCAGGAGAGGAGACCUCUGUUGCAAGGCCUCUCCACAUGCAAAUACUUCAGCUGUAUACUUCUGCUCUGGUCACCAAGCUGGGUUCAGCCACUUGUCUGUGUUUGAACUCUGCACAGAUGCACUUUUCGGUGACGGUUGCCGUGUGCGCGUGCGCAUGCAUGCACACACACUCAGCUCAUUGCCGUGGAAUUUGGUGCACUUGUCAGAUCCUUGAGAACCACCUCAAAAAAAGAGAGCUGCCUGUCUUUUUGACUUCAAAGGCAAACUUGAAAAUGUGUGGGCAGCAGUACGGUUGCCCAAUGCCACCUUUGUUACAGCCAGCGGAAGUGAGGAGCUUAGUGGUGGAGCAUGUGCUUUUCAUGCAAAAGAUCUUGGCUUCCAUCCCUGGUGUCUCCAGGUACUGCCUGAAACUCUGGGGAGCUGCUGCCAGUCAGUGUAGACAACCCUGAGCUUAAUGGACCCCAUGAUCUUGACUUGCUGUAAAGCAACUUCCUACAUUCCUGUCUUUAUACAUGGGUUUUUUCUUCAGGGUUCAGUUUCUGCUUUUAUUUAUUUACCUUUUUUUAAAAAAAAUGCAGGCGUGAUGCUCAGCUGAAAACAGCUUAGUUGCAACAUCCCCAGCUGCUCCCUGCCCUCACCCAAGUAUUUGUUAGAUGAUCAGCUCUGACUCUUGCACGAUAAAAGCCAAAAGCUGGCAUCCCAGGCUUUCCCCUGACUGUGUUGCAAGCUCAUUAAGGCCGACAUGCCAGAGCUGCUGCCGGUAUACUCAGCCUGGACUGUGCCUGCAGCCAGAGGCACAAUCUGCCGUGCCAGGCUUGGAGUUGCUUAACUGCUGCUGAGGCAACAACUUUUCCUGAGAGCAUCAGUAACUGAGCCACAUUCCUUAUGCUGAUCUUGCCACCUGAAAAAAAUGCAUUGUACAAAUCAAAGCUGGUGUUGCUAAGAAACCGGAAGCUGGAAAGUCCCCAGUUCAAAUCUCACCUCUGCUGUGAACUCAUGGCAGAUGGUCAUGUGUUCAUUCUCUCUCUCUCUCUUUCGGCUUUCCACCUUCAGCACAUAAAUGAGAACACUGACCUACCUCACAGGGUUGUUGUUAGGGCUACUAAGAUAAUGUACAUGAAAUGUUUUGAACACUUAAGGGACCAUUAAUAACAGCUGCAGUUUGAAUUGUUGGGAAUUGUAAUGUUGCUGUUGCUAUUGAAUUGCCCCUUUAAAGCAGCCAUCCCCAACUGGGUGCCCUCCAUAUAUUUUGGACUUGAUGUCUCAUCAGCCCCGGCAUUGUACAGCUGUGCUGCCUGGGGCUAGUGUAACUUGCACUCCGGUACAUCUCAUGGGCAGCUGGUUGCAUUGAAAUAUACUGACUGCAUUAAAAGGCUGCAUUAUGUAAAGGCUGCAUUAAAAUAUACUGACCCCAUUCCUCAAUCAGUGAUUUCUGAGGGAGGGCGCACCAUAUGGAAACAACCACCAUACUCAGACUACCUGACAUAUUCUUCCUUCCUCAGGUACCCGUGAUAGGAAACCUGCAGGGAGGCUCUCCUCUCCCAAACAAGACCGCCAGCGGGGUCCUAACCUGAAGCUCUCAGCUGCUCAGGCAGACAAGUAAGUUCUGUGCUCCAUGAUCUUGGCCUGCUGCAUUUCUUGGCUUCCUGCCUGGUUUUUUCCUCCCUGCGGUCUCUUUGAAGGCUGCCAUGCUUUAACUACAUCAGGAGGCAAGGGCCCACAUGCCCAGGCGGCAACUGAUAGCUGCAACAGCCACCCCCAGGUGAUCCCCAACCUCUGUGAGUCACAGGCGAUAGAGCCCAGUUGCCCAUUUGGGUCAUCCCUUGCCCUAUGACUCAUAAAGGCUGGGGAUCACCUGUCUGAAGGCCUGAAGCAAACCCCAGAGGGCAUGGGACAGGUUGAAUGUCUUGGGUGUAACCUCACAGGGCAUCACCUAAAAGGGCAGGGGAUGCUGCUGCGUGGGCAUUAAAGUGGGGAAUUACCACAGGGAUGGAGAUGACUAUCUGAGGACCUUAAUAAUGCCCAGUCAGAGCACCUGACUGGCAUACUUUAAAUGGUUGCUUUUUUUCUUCCCGACUGAAGAUUCCUGUGAUGCCAGAAAGCUUGUACAUGAGUCUGCUGCAUCUUACACCCACCCACCCCACACUCAGUAACAUCCUGCAAAAACUGGGUUUCCAGUGCAGGCCAGACAAUGAGAUGUAAGAUUGGAGACCUUAUUUAGCAAGUAGACUUUUUAGCUGUUUGCAUUGUUGCCACUGCAUUGCCAAGGUGAGGACUGUAGGUUGGAUCUGAUAGCUGAUGUUGUGGCUCUGUUGCCCUCGAGGGUCACACCCAGCUAAUCUUUACUCACAGCAGAAGCGCUGAAAUUAAUGGAUCUAUGUUAGUCAUGCCAUUUAAUUUAAAUGGGACUCCCUCUGAGUGUGACCAGCAUUGGAUACAACCCUGAGUCGUCUAUGCUGGGGGUGGGAUCAUAGCACAGCAUCCCUGGUCUGCAAAACGCAAAAUGUCCCAUAGCUCUUUUGUCUACAUUUUUUCUCCAGCUGCAAAAAAAAAAAAAGUUUUAAAACCCCCUUGGUUUGACUAGAGCUUCCCCCUGCAAACAUUCCUUUCCUGAGAACUCUGUACUGUCUACAACUUUGGACGCUAGAGGUUGCCUGGUGGGGAAAAGUGGUUGGCAAGCAACUCCCUGACUGGUGAAGUCACAGAGAGUGUAGCACUAGAAGCUGCAAACUCUCCUUUCUGGACAGAGCAUCCACUUUUCAUGUAGUUACAAUCUAUGGUUACUCCAGUUAGAAGCAGACCUGGGAAAACUCUGCUUCAGACCAUGGAGAGCUGCUACCCAUCAGAGCUGAGGGUACAGGGCUAGACUGAUGUACCAUCUUGAGGUAUAAGGAGCCCUCCUCAGCCUGGUGCCCUCAGAUCUUUUGGGUUGCUGUUUCAAAUGUUGCAUGCAGUUAGCAUAGGCUGCAUCAAGAAAUCCCAAUGUUUGUACUGUUUUGUUUUUUGUUUCUAUUGUAAGACUCUUUGGAUGGGUAUCUGUUCAGAAAAGCGGUGUAGUGGUUAGUGUUGGACUAAGACUCGGGAACAAAUUGGGAGGGGGAAAGCCCUGUAUUGAUGCCUUGAGCUCCUUGAAAGAAAGAUGGGAUAUAAAUAUAAAAAUAAAUAAGCAUCAGCAAGUGACUCCAAAAUAUGUGUAUGAAUAAAUGAUAAUUUUUCUUAAUGGACUUGGAGAGGAUGCUCUUCCUGGAGCCUCUGGCCUACAUUCCUGGUUAUUUCUUACCAUUAUGUCUUUUUUUCUGUCACAGGAAGCGCCCGCUGUCACCGCAGUCCAAGAGUUCAAGCAAAGUUACAAGCAUCCCAGGCAAAGCAGCUGAGCCCGGGGGCCCAGCUGCUGCUGCGAAAUCAGGCAAGUCCAGCACAUUGUCACGGCGGGAGGAGCUCCUGAAGCAGUUGAAGGCUGUGGAAGAUGCCAUUGCCCGCAAACGAGCCAAGAUCCCUGGGAAAGUAUAGUCUGCCUUGGUCCAGCCUGGAUUAGAGACUGCUCUCUGUGUUUUUAUAAAUAGCAUACAUACAAGCAGCCACUUCGGAUUUUGCAGUUCAGUUUUAUUUUGGCUGUAAUCCUUUUUAAAAAAAUAAUAAAUUGAAAAGAGAAGAGUUUUGUCAGCUGAACACCCACCCGCCCCUUCUGGCGGUCUAAGACGGCUCCCUCCGGUUACCUCCCCAGCCCACGCGUUGCCGGCACCGUGGCGGAGGCAGCCACGUUGAUGUUUUUUCCAUGUCCAUCAUGCACAGAGGACUCUUAACUGCAGCCCUGUCCAGAUGCCUUCUCUGCUCUGUCCUCCGCUGCUAGCUACAAGUUGUGUUUCCUUAGUUAGCCCUGCUGUGUGUUGAGUGUCUUCAGCAAUGCAGUUCUACAAUGCUGUGUAAGGAGAGAGAGCCAAAACUCGCUCUGUCAUCUGCCGGAAAUGUCCCCCCACCCACCCACUACACCUUUGUUUGUUUGUCUUCUUCCCACCCCUCUCCACCUUACCCCCCACAAGAACUAAACCAGUUGCAUAGAUAUCCUUGAUGGAAGUCUGGUCGGAAGAUCCCAUGUGUCUUUUUAUUUUAAGCAAAAGAUUGUUUUCGUUGAUUAAAAAAAAUGGAAAAGCAAAGGUUUCGUCAGGAUGUGUGUCUAAAAAGAGGGGUCUUUUCUUUUUUUGAGGGGUUAUGCUGAAAAUAAAGUAUUUUGAUAAACAGC